GUUAAUGGUUGUCUUUUAUCAGGACGGAAACAUUUACAGCUGAUAUCAAUCUUCGAAAGCUUAACAAUGUAAGCUUUCAACUUCUUAAUUUGAGUUACCAUAUUCUCUCUCGUAAUCACAAACAUGUAAGUAAAAUAUCAAAAUAUCAGAAAUUUUAUAUUUUUUUCUAAUAUCUAACAUUUAUUUUUUUUUUUCUUUUGUUCUCAAUUUGAGUCAAAUUCAAUGAUUUCUGGAUCGGAUAAGUUGUUGAAUUCAUGUGUCGUCAUGCAAUGAAAUGCCAUGCAUGAGCAAUGCUAGAGGCAGGGGUCCAAAAAUUAGGAUUCUAGAAAUAAAAAAACACUAACAUCAUAAGAGCGAAUUUAAUCACAUAGUCAUAUAUAUACUGAAUAGACUAAUAAAAUAAUUAUUAAAUAACUUCACCCAGUAUGGGCAUUUUCAGUGACUUUAAAAUUUAGCGAGAAAGUUAAAUUAAAAUAAUAUCUAUCUAAACCCAGGGUGGGAAAUCCUAUGACCAGGUAUCAACCUGGUUGAUCCACCCUCCCUAUCACCUAUAGCUAGGUGAGUAUCACAAGGUAACUAUGCCUGGAAAGUCUUGAGAUAGUAUCUGGAGUACUAAAGUUGUCACAAUAAAUAGAGAGAAUCUCAGAGAAUGACUACGGCGUCUACGGUUGACAGUGUGAACCAAGUCUAGCUAGAUAUGGGAAAGUGUGUUCAUCCUGUAUUGUUGUGAAGUUGGGGAAAGGUAUCUGGUAUUCAGAGAUCUGAGUAUGUGACAUUCAAAGGGUAGAAAGGAUACACGUUGUGAUUUUUUGUAAUUAGUGAAAUUCAUGCAUCAUAGAAUUGUGUGAGUCAGUAUGAAGACUCUUGAAAUUAUUUUUUUAGACAGAAAAACAUGCAUUGCCCAUUGAAUUAUGGAUGACUUAUGUUUCUUCUGAUGGAUUUCCACAACUAUGGAAAUGUUAAAACGGUAAAUUCAGAGAGAGCGGCCCGCGUCUAUUUCCAUGCGUGCACUUUUACGUCUAAAUGGAUCCCUAUGCCUAACCUGAACCCUAAAUCGAUCCCUAUGCCUAACCCGAACCCUAAAUCUAUCCCUAUGCCUAACCUUAACAAAGUCGACGUGGGCCGCUAAAUCUGAAACAGCCGUUAUAACAAAAUUGUGACCAUGUUUUUAAAAGCACCCAGAAUCAGUGAAGCUCGAUACUCUGUAAUGACCAUUUUGACUGGUGAACUUUAAAAAAUCUGAGGGCAGGUGCUACUGGUAACUACCUCAAGUUAAGAAAAUUGCAUGUACGAUUCAAAGCAGAAUAUAUCAUUAACUCAUUCCCUCCGGCAGCGCUGCUGAGAAAAGGGAAGCAACUCAGUUUUGAAAUUGAUUUAUAUUUUUAAAAUAUUUUUUUAAGUUGCUAAAUAUUCUUUAAUGUUAAUGAAUUAAGAACAAAUUCAACAAAAAAUGAAUAAGGUUUAAUAUAAAUAUAACAUUAGCGGGGAAAAAUAAAGUACAAUGGCCAAAAAAAUCGAUUUUCGGCACCUCGGACGAACACAUGCUACAUAUAGACGCGCCGUACUAAAGCACACAUAGUUUUAAAGUGAAACAAGAAAAAAACUUCCGGUUUCUAAAUUAAAAUCAUGCAGAAAUCACGCCAUAGCCGGAAGUCUCGAGGCACGCAAGAUUUCAUUGCUAUUUUUAACUAAAAAUAAGAGAGGUGUGUCGCUAUGCGCCGGGACGCAUUUGGACGCAUCAGGAGAAACCCCCCGAGGACUCAUUUAGUCGCAACCGUCGGGAAUGAGUUAAGGAAUGCUCCAGUUUUUAUUAGCUUUAUUUAUAUUCUUGAUAAACCGAUAAUGAUAUUGGAAAUAUAUUACUCAUUAUGCAAUAUUUAAGAAGUAUUAAUAAUAUGAAUAAUUUACAUUUGAGAUGUGGCCAGAAAAAAUUUCAGUGAUAUAUGUGGGAAAUGGACCUUUAAAUUAAAAAUUAUUCUCAACUAAUUUGCUACUGUUGUGAAAAAUCAUGUGUGGCUAAUUUAAAUUUAGGUAAUUUUUCCAACAUACAGGUCUAUGUAUAAAUUUAGGUGCAGUUUACUUUCUUACUAAAAUAUUUUGAUAAGUAAUAUACCAUUUUAUUGAUUUUAUUUAAUUUAACUCUUUACAUUCCUUGAAUUUUUCUUUUUUUUUUUUAUUUACAUUUUUCUUUAUCUUACAAAAGACUCAUUCACUUCUAGAAUCCAUGUCUAAGUGCAUUUUGUUUCUUUCAAUUGUGGUUACUAAACAUAUAAAUCAAGACUUAGAAUUAGAAGGUGUGAGGAAAAUAAUUCACACUUUUUUUUUUAAUGAAAAUGUGUAAUCAAAUGUUUUGGUGAUCAGAGGCAAGGAUGGAAAAAGAAAAAAAAAAGAACUAUUUAUUCAGAAAGAAAGUUUGUUUAUGUCAUAUGAAGAAAGCAAUUUAUGAAAUUUUGUCAAUUUAUAGAUUUUGUAAAAUGUGGCAAAAAAGGGAAAUAAUUUUUUUUUUUUUAAAAUUCACCAAUCUCUACAAAGUAUUCACAAGAAUUGUAGGUUAUUAUUAUUUUUACCUUUUUAAAUUUAUUUGCGCACAACAGAACAUAUCAGUGGAUAAUUUAAACUUGAUUGUAGGCCUGCUCAGCCUACUAUUUUUUUUUUCCAUUCCUAAUUGAUGGCUUACUUACCAAUUUCUUUUUAAAUCUGUUAGUUUAAAAGUUAUUGGAUGUAUUCUAUUGUAUUUAUGUAAAUACAUUUAAGGUACUCAGUUUUAGCAAUCCACCUAAUGCUCAAAUAAAUUCCUCAGUGAAAUCAUUUUGGAGUUGCCUAUCUAGCAGCUUUAGUUCAUCUAGGUAGGAUUUUCUUUUCAACACUCCUGAAGGAUUAUAGCAGACAAUAUCAACAAAAUGAAAAAGGGCUUAUCCACUACUGUUUUGUUUUCUUAAGGGUGAUGUUUCAAAUUUUUCAACUGGUCAACACCAUGCAUCAAUGAACUGUAUGAUUUGACAAUACUUGGUUGUCUCACCUGUAAUCACUGAAAUACACCAACAGUUUUGGUACUGGCUUUCUGCCUAGGAGAAACUAAAGAGUGUGAACUGGUGGGUUUUCAUCUCAUACAUCAUACGAGGUUCACCUGUCUAUUUAAAAAUCCACCACUGCGAUUAUAACUUUGAGCAUUAUUAAGUCUUCACUCUAAUUUUUUGCCUCGUUACGAUGCAUGGUCGGAUUAAGGCAUUUGAAACUCUGGGUCAAAUCAGCAUAGGAUUACAUAGCUGUCUAAGCAGCGUCCAUAGAUAGUGAUUGAAUGAAGUACCCCCUGGCUGGGCUCCUUGAGCCCCUUCGGCUAAAAGAAUUGAAUAUGUAGUACGAUUACAAUAACAAAGAAGACAAAAUAAAGUGUGAAAAAAAAUUCCCCUUCAAUAUUUGCAAUUAUUUAAAAAAAAAAAAAAUAAGGCCAGAAUUGAAAAACUGCUUCUUAAGCCAUUUGGCGCCACAACUCACUUGAUGCUCCCGGGCAGCAGUGUAUAGUAUAUUUAAUUUUACAUAGCUGUCUAAGCAGCGUCCAUAGAUAGUGAUUGAAUGAAGUACCCCCUGGCUGGGCUCCUUGAGCCCCUUCGGAUAAAAGAAUUGAAUAUGUAGUACGAUUACAAUAACAAAGAAGACAAAAUAAAGUGUGAAAAAAAAUUCCCCUUCAAUAUUUGCAAUUAUUUAAAAAAAAAAAAAAAAUAAGGCCAGAAUUGAAAAACUGCUUCUUAAGCCAUUUGGCGCCACAACUCACUUGAUGCUCCCGGGCAGCAGUGUAUAGUAUAUUUAAUUUUUUUGGGGUCAAUGGCGCAGUUACAACACAUGGGAACCUUUAAAAAAAAUUAUUUACUAAUGAAGUUCACAAAAAUUAAACAGCUGAGUAGUUUUUCAAUAUUUUAUAUGAAUGUAACGAUGUAACAUUACUAUUUAGUGACAAAUAAAAAAAAUAAAAAAAUAAUAGCUUAUCUUUGUUGCUUUUCAAUUAAGUGUAGAUUGAUACCAAACUAAAUUCAGGUAAACACCAAAAUGAAUCCUUUUAUAUUGAAUUGUUGAAUUGUUUCUGGGGAGGGGCCCAAUGUUCCCUGCCCCUACUUACGUUCUAGGGGAAAUUAAGAGCUUGUGCUAGGGACAGCACUAUGUUAAUGUUAGUUAUUGACAGGUUUCACUGUGCCCAAUAGCACUAUAGAUAUUUAUAUGUAGUGUUUUGGGGGACGGGGCAACAACUUAAAUUUGCACCGGAUGGCACAAUGUAGCAUUACAACCCUGCAGGCCCUAAUCCAAAUGUACCUUUGGCUACUUGUUCAUCAAAAUAUUUAAAAUGAAGAAAUAUUUCUUUAUGAGUUUCUUGUGCUAGUUUUAAUUAUUCUGUACUACUGUAAUAGUCACGUGAUUGUUUCACCCUUAACUCAAUGUCUGCCAUCAGUUUGGAUGUUUUAAAAAACAUGCAGAGUUUGGGAAUGAUAUCACACAAUCAUGCAUUGCUUUACCGAGUGUCAUCACUACUUCCUGGAUAUUCAUCAGCCGCUAACAUCAAAUAUUCCCCUGAUCUUUGUCUGAUUCAAAAUGUUCUUUUGAUUAAAUUCGCCUGAUUAUUAUAAGGUGAACCCCUUACACACUUUACAUCAGACUGAUUUGGAACCUUCAUUAGACUGUCUCAGUAGAAUAUACUACUCUUGACCUAUUGGCCAAUGAUCUCCCCUUAAUUAAGCUGGCUAUAAUAUACUACAAGACCUAGUGACCAAUCAUCUCCCCUUAAUUAAGCUGGCUGAGUCCUGGAUUGAAAUUCACUAAGGGAAUACAUUAAGUCCUUCUUGGCAAAAUCUUUGAGUUUUAUUUCAGUUUAUAACCUAUUUUUAAAUGUUUUACAUCACAGACCUUGAUGAUACGUACAGAUGUACAGAUGAAUUGUAAAGGUCGGCAUGUAUGCCUACGCCUGAUUUGCUUUAUUGAUAGUUUUAUAAGCAAUUGAUAGUCCUAAUUUGGCAUGUGGAACUAAUGCUCAGAAUUGUGUCUUAUCGCAUAUAAUAAUUGGUUGUAUGGUUUAAUAUGAUCAAAGUAUGUCAUUGUUGAAACACAUCACCUUGUUACCAUUUGUUGGGUAAUUGGUCUCAGGAAACUCUUGUUGGUGCCAUGGUCAAAGAUUUACUUGUUAUGAAAGGGGUUAGUUGACGUGUUAUGAAAGGGGUCAGUUGACGUGUUAUGAAAGGGGUCAGUUGACGUGUUAUGAAAGGGGUCAGUUGACUUGUUAUGAAAGUGGUCAGUUGACUUGUUAUGAAAGGGGUCAGUUGACGUGUUAUGAAAGGGGUCAGUUGGCGUGUUAUGAAAGGGGUCAGUUAACGUGUUAUGAAAGGGGUCAGUUGACUUGUUAUGAAAGGGGUCAGUAGCAGACCUGUUAACCCAAUCUACCAUGAGGAUGGCUUUAUACAACAAUGACUAAUUGAAUACAAACUAACACUGUAGUAUCUGUACUUUGACUUUGUUUGUUACUACUAUCGAGUGUGGGUUCAAGUGCACAAGAACUUGCCCGACGUGCCACGCGUGCUAGCCGACGAGAGAUCAAGUGAAGGUCGCUCUUGUAACCCCUGCGUCUGUCUACCUGGUUUAUUGUUGACAUAAUAUUAUGUUAGGAAACCAUUUCUCGAUGGCGGGAGUUUUUUUAAAAGAAAAGAUGGCGGAUAGAGUGAGCGUGUGUGUGUGUGCCGUUUGCGUUUGACAGCAAAACAAAUGUUCACCGAGUUUCUCCCUUGCCAGAGUCAGCUCCCCUCGUACAUAAUGACAAAACUAACAACUCCAAUGUUAGCACAUUGCGUCUGUCUGAUACAUCAUAACAACUCUGUGGAAGCACAUUGUGUCUGUCUGAUACAUCAUAACAACUCCAUGGAAGCACAUUGUGUCUGUCUGAUACAUCAUAACAACUCCGUGGAAGCACAUUGUGUCCGUCCUGUCUGAUACAUCCAUCAUCAGAAGAAAGAUGUCUGAUACAUCCAUCGUCAAAAGACACAUUUCUGUAUGAUACAUCCAACAUCAGAAGACAUAUGUCUGUGUUGACCUUUUCUUUGGCAAAGCUAUGGUACGACAUUUGGGUUUUAUUUGAAGUCAAUAAGAGUGACAGCGUUGUUGACCUAGUGCCACUACCAGGGAUGACAGCGUUGUUGACCUAGUGCCACUACCAGGGAUGACAGCGUUGUUGACCUAGUGCCACUACCAGGGAUGACAGCGUUGUUUCCCUAGUGCCACUACCAGGGAUGACAGCGUUGUUGACCUAGUGCCACUACCAGGGAUGACAGCGUUGUUGACCUAGUGCCACUAUCAGGGAUGACAUCGUUGUUGCCCAAGUGCCCCUACCAGGGAUGACAUCGUUGCCCAAGUGCCACUACCAGGGAUGACAUCGUUGUUGCCCAAGUGCCACUACUAGGGAUGGCUGCGUUGUUACCCAAGUGCCAAUAUCAGGGAUGACAUCGUUGUUGCCCAAGUGCCACUAUCAGGGAUGGCUGCGUUAUUGACCUAGUGCCACUACCAGGGAUGGCUGCGUUGUUGACCUAGUGCCACUACCAGGGAUGACAUCAUUGUUGCCCAAGUGCCACUAUCAGGGAUGACAUCGUUGUUGCCCAAGUGCCACUGCCAGGGAUGACGUCGUUGUUGCCCAAGUGCCACUAUCAGGGAUGACUGCGUUGUUGCCCAAGUGCUACUAUCAGGGAUGACAUCGUUGUUACCCUAGUGCCACUAUCAGGGAUGACUGCGUUGUUGCCCAAGUGCUACUAUCAGGGAUGACAUCGUUGUUACCCUAGUGCCACUAUCAGGGAUGACAUCGUUGUUACCCUAGUGCCACUAUCAGGGAUGACAUCGUUGUUACCCUAGUGCCACUACCAGGGAUGACAUCGUUGUUGCCCAAGUGCCACUAGUAUGGAUGACUGCGUUGAUUUCUAUUAUCAUAAUUAGUAUGGUGCCACUGACGGAUAUGAGGCAUGAGGUAGGUAGUGGCAGCCUCACGUUGAUGAUUCUAUAUACACAGCCAUUGAGGAGGCAGUUGCUAGGGAACCGUUUCGUCCCAGCUACUUCUUGAACUAUUUGCGAGUAAGAAAACCCACUAGAAUACCCUUUUAGAUGGCGCUCGACGCUUCCCUGGGAUGGGCGGGGGGGGGGGGUAUUAAGACGGAAAUAUAUCAUCCCGAGCCCUGGGAAAGUCGAUUGCUGAUUUAAUGAGUCCAGCAUCAUUGACCGACCGGAUGUCCUAAGGUUGAGAUGGCCCCCGUAAAGCUAGUCAGUCGAGUGAAGUUACAGGCGGGGCUGUCCUAGCUGGAGGUGUUCUCUAACGUGAAGCUUUGCGGCCCGAUAGUUAGAGGACUCUUCGGGUUUGGGUGGAGGCUGCUUUGGGGAGGGCAUUAAGAGCUUUUUAGCUCGACGGCUUGCUGACGUCAUUUCCUAAUGUACAUAUCUUAUGACUUAUCUAGAGGGUUAAACCUAGUGACUCUUCUCUUUAUAACUGUUAUUAUACUUCCUGGCAGUUCACACUACCCAAUGCCGCGUGGUGGCGGCAGUUGUACACCACAUGCCAACACGUGUGGAGUAAGGGGGGAGGGAUGUCUUUUCGAAAUAACCUCUAAGACAAAAGAAAGCUUGUGGAAAGUGUUCAGGACGUCACGUGUCAUUUCUGGUGACCGAGAUGAAGGUCACAUGAUCCCUGCGUGAGACGAUUAUGUUUGAUGUUGCACAGACAUGCAGCCACAGAUAUAGCUCACGUCUGACGUCAGUAUACUAAUCUGACCUUACUUUGGGUAGGUGGUGUGUGUGUGUGUGGGGGGGGGGGCGGGGGGCAGGAAAGUCAAAUCUACUCCAUCUCGCGGAGCCUUGGAGCAAGGUGUUUUUUUUCCCUUCUCUCCGUGCGUCACUGUCUGACGUCAGUAUACUAAUCUGACCUUACUUUGGGUAGGUGGUGUGUGUGUGUGUGGGGGGGGGGGCGGGGGGCAUGAAAGUCAAAUCUACUCCAUCUCGCGGAGACUUGGAGCAAGGUGUUUUUUUUCCCUUCUCUCCGUGCGUCACUGGGGUUACUCUGUCCGCUAAGGAGUUCUAUUGGUUGGUUUAUUCUGUCUGUUAAAGGGAUCUGGUUUUGUUGCCAAGAGCAGUUGGCUAAAAUAGAGGUUCUCAAAACACGUCUCACUUAUCCCGUAAAAAAUUAUAAUCUAAUUAUCGUGCACGUGUAUCAUAUAAUCAUAUUGUCGUAUCACAGCUAAAUGCUGAAGUCUUCCCACCUUAUUUUAUUGAUCAGACUUUGAAAUCUAAAACUAAAAGAUCCUAAGAAACUAUGAUUGUCAAAACGUUGUUCUGAGGCAAUACACGGAUGCACUUGUUUUAGGACAAGAGCUGGCAAAUACGACCUACGUCUACUGUAGACUGACGGACUGUAACAUCACCUCUCAUGACGGACAUCCUGUAGUAACAUCACCUCUCCUGCCGGACAUCCUGUAAUAACAUCACCUCUCCUACAGCGUUUUUAGUUAAAUGGUGUAUUCCACUAUUUCAUUCAAAAAUGGUCUGCAGCCUUUUGGUAUUAAUAGUUCCAAAGUAAGACCUGGGGAGGUUGGGGGGGGGGUGAAAUUCAUGCAAAAAUAUACUGUUUUUCUUUUAUAAUAUAAUUACAAUCUAGAACAAACAUCUAUAAUAGUUAUGGUGGGUCUACUGAAGCCAAUUAUCACCUAAAUAUUAGUAAUAAUGCUAUAAAAUAGCAAAACAUGUUUCGUGGUUAUCGUCAUACUAAUGCUUUGUGUUUUCAUAAAUAGCUGGCAAGAUAUCCCUGUAUUAAUAUUUAGCCAAGUACUAACACACUAGUCUUUCCAUGCUGGUGACGUAAUUAUUUCCUUUGGAGACCAACCUCCCUCAUCCCCCUUGUUUGGGAUAAUUAAAAUUGUGUUUACCGGGUCUCUUACAAUAGUUCUUUUGAAGGAGAAUCGCAAAAGACUUCUCAAAUUGUUCGCCAAAAUCACAAAAGUAAACAGGUCUGCAGUAGGCCUACUACAUAAUUAUAAUACAAAACAGUGCUACAUGCCCACACUUGCUAUUUCGCCCGCAACAAUGUUUAUAAGCAUGAUCAUGAUGAAUUUCAAGAAAUGAAUACAUUAAAAAAGCCUACGUUUCCUUUAUUUUUUAAAAUAAAAAUUUAAAAAAAAAAUUAAAAAAAAAAAGGUGGGAAAUAUUACCAUUCCCAAGGAUUAUUCAAUAUUAUUCACCUUUGCCUGUUAGUAGGCAGAGUAUUAGUAGUAGUCAUAUCAAAUACGAGGACAGCAAGACGUCGAGCAAUUAUGACUAUCGGAUUGUCGGCCUAGAGACAGACAGUCUGACCUCUGGUUGAUGACCGAAAACCCCUGUCACUUUCAGCCAGAUGGCCGAAAGUCUCCAUCACUUACGGCCGAAACAGAAAUUAAAUCGAAAGUUAACUUUUCAGUUUCGGCCGAAACCGAAAUUAGCCCGAAAGUGAUCAAAUGGCCACUUUCGGCACCGAAGCCGAAAUUCGGUCGGUCUCUAUUAUUUGUUAUGAGCUCAAUGUAUGACCGCCGGCACGCAUGGAAUAAAGGCACUCACGAGUUAGUGAAACCGUUGUGACACAAGAAAUAAAGGCACUAUAUGAGUAGUUAGGUAACGAGUUUGUGAACCGUUGGAACACAAAAAAUAAAGGCACUAUAUGAGUAGUUAGAUAAUGAGUUUGUGAACCGUUGGGACACAAGAAAUAAAGGCACUAUAUGAGUAGUUAGGUAAUGAGUUUGUGAACCGUUGGAAUCGAAAACUCGGUGACUCGUCUACUUUUUUGUUUAUGGUGAGUUUCACAAUGAUAUUGUCUGCAAGUGCUACUGUGAUAUUGUGUUCACAAUGAUAUUGUCUGCAAGUGCUACUGUAAUAUUUUGUUCACAAUGAUAUUGUCUGCAAGUGCUACUGUGAUAUUGUGUUCACAAUGAUAUUGUCUGCAAGUGCUACUGUAAUAUUUUGUUCACAAUGAUAUUGUCUGCAAGUGCUACUGUAAUAUUGUGUUCACAAUGAUAACAUGGCCUGCAAGUGUUACGGGAUAUUAGAAUAGCUGAGUUACUGCGUAAGUUAACAUACUUUGGGUGGCUUGAAGUGUUGAGUAAAUGUGUAAGUUAACAUUUUCCAGGAUAUUACACCAACACAGCCAUUGUGUAGUUGAAGUACUAGAUUGUACACCCAUCACUUGUUUAGUUCACUGUCUAGGUUGUACACCCGACAUAUGUUUUGUUAACAGUCUACAUUGUACACCAACAUAUAUUUAGUUAACAGGCUACAUUGUACACCAACAUAUGUUUAGUUGACAGUCCACACUGUACACCAACAUAUGUUUAGUUGAUUGUCUAGAUUGUACACCAACAUAUUUUUAGUUGAUUGUCUAGAUUGUAUUGUACACCGACACUUCUUACGUAGACUGUGUACGUGGUACGUACCUCAUACUUUUCUAAUUGUGUAAUGACCUUCUCUCAAAGACAAGUUCGACGAUCAAAUCACCAUGCUAACCUACCCCCCUCCCCCCCACCCUUCUUAGUCCAACCAUUCCCCCUUUACAUCCCUCCCUUACUCUACUCCCAAUAGUUCCUACGCGUGCCCUCCCUUCCUCUCCCCCACACCUGGGACACCCCUCGCCCUCAUCUGACUAUGGCCAGAGAUCAAUACAUGCUAUUUAACAGGAGCCCCCCAAUUGACAAUGGACAUAGCGAGACACUGAAUCAGCAUUGCUAAUGGUGGCAAAGAUAGUUGGUCUACAAUGGAUAGGGCAUACAAUAGAAAAAUAGUGACACAUUAUUAGUACACUAGGAAGUUUGGGAGAGCGGACCGCAGGACCGUGGCGGGGCAGUGCAGAACCGUGCCGUGGCAGCGCAGGACCUUGCCGAGGCUUCGCAGGACCGUGAUUUGACCCUCAUGACAAUCCUUGGUCAGAGCUAAGUGGUUCACUAAUUGUCUGCCCCGUCUAUCCUCGUGACUUGACCGUCAUGGCAAUCCUUGGUCAGAGCUAAGUGGUUCACUAAUUGUCUGCCCCGUCUAUCCUCGUGACUUGACCCUCAUGACAAUCCUUGGUCAGAGCUAAGUGGUUCACUAAUUGCCUGCCCCGUCUCUCCUCGUGACUUGACCCUCAUGACAAUCCUUGGUCAGAGCUAAGUGGUUCACUAAUUGUCUGCCUCGUCGCUCCUCGUGACGGGACAUGCGACCAUGAAGGUAUCAGAAGGUCUCCUCGUGACGGGACAUGUGACCAUGAAGGUAUCAGAAGGUCUCCUCGUGAUGGGACAUUUGACCAUGAAGGUAACAGAAGGUCUCUUCGUAACGGGACAUGUGACCAUGAAGGUAACAGAAGGUCUCCUCGUAACGGGACAUGUGACCAUGAAGGUAACAGAAGGUCUCCACUUGACGGGACAUGUGACCAUGAAGGUAACAGAAGGUCUCCUCGUGACGGGACAUGUGACCAUGAAGGUAACAGAAGGUCUUGUCGUUCGUGCAGCACGUAUUGGUCGGCCGUACACUACAAACAUUUUGACUGGUCUGUAAAGGUCCAAUGAUGUGGUGUAAUACUAAUUGACUGGUCUAUGUCCUGUGCAGUGGUUCUCAAACCUUUUCACUGAUCUGUCUAGGACCAGCGCAGUGGAUCUAAAAAAAUUUUAUGAUUCCCGCAUACACAGUGAGUGCUCUGUGCACUGCUAGUAGGCACUAUUCAUUGUAGUUGUUUGGUUCUAUGACUUUCUAGUGUAGAUGAUCGCCCUACACUGCUAGGAGGCACUAUUCAUUAUAGUUGUUUGGUUCUAAGACUUUGUUCAAAGCCACAGUACAGUGGACACACGUAAUUUUCAUGACAGAUAUCUUGGUCUUGUUUAAAACGAUAGUACAGUGUACAUAUUUAGUUUACAUAAAAGAUAUCUUGGUCUUGUUCAAAACCAUAGUACAGUGUACAUAUUUAGUUAACAUAAAAGAUAUCUUGGUCUUGUUCAAAACCAUAGUACAGUGUACAUAUUUAGUUUACAUAAAAGAUAUCUUGGUCUUGUUUAAAACCAUAGUACAGUGUACAUAUUUAGUUUACAUAAAAGAUAUAUUGGGCUUGUUUAAAACGAUAGUACAGUGUACGUAUUUAGUUUACAUAACAGAUAUCUUGGUCUUGUUUAAAACGAUAGUACAGUGUACAUAUUUAGUUUACAUAACAGAUAUCUUGGCCUUGUUUAAAACGAUAGUACAGUGUACAUAUUUAGUUUACAUAAAAGAUAUCUUGGUCUUGUUUAAAACGAUAGUACAGUGUACAUAUUUAGUUUACAUAACAUAUAUCUUGGUCUUGUUCAAAACGAUAGUACAGUGUACAUAUUUAGUUUACAUAACAGAUAUCUUGGUCUUGUUUAAAACGAUAGUACAGUGUACAUAUUUAGUUUACAUAACAGAUAUCUUGGUCUUGUUUAAAACGAUAGUACUAACGAUAGUACAGUGUACAUAUUUAGUUUACAUAACAGAUAUCUUGGUCUUGUUUAAAACGAUAGUACAGUGUACAUAUUUAGUUUACAUAACAGAUAUCUUGGUCUUGUUUAAAACGAUAGUACAGAGUACAUAUUUAGUUUACAUAACAGAUAUCUUGGUCUUGUUUAAAACGAUAGUACAGUGUACAUAUUUAGUUUACAUAACAGAUAUCUUGGUCUUGUUUAAAACGAUAGUACAGUGUACAUAUUUAGUUUACAUAACAGAUAUCUUGGUCUUGUUUAAAACGAUAGUACAGAGUACAUAUUUAGUUUACAUAACAGAUGUCUUGUUCAAAGCGAUAGUACAGUGUACAUAUUUAGUUUACAUAACAGAUUUCUUGUUCAAAACCAUAGUACAGUGUACAUAUUUAGUUUACAUAAAAGAUGUCUUGUUCAAAGCGAUAGUACAGUGUACAUAUUUAGUUUACAUAACAUAUAUCUUGUUCAAAACCAUGGUACAGAGUACAGAUGUGGUUUUCAUGACUGAUAUCUUGUUCAAAACCAUGGUACAGAGUACAGAUGUGGUUUUCUUGACAGAUAUCUUGUUCAAAACCAUGGUACAGAGUACAGAUGUGGUUUUCAUGACUGAUAUCUUGUUCAAAACCAUGGUACAGAGUACAGAUGUGGUUUUCAUGACAGAUAUCUUGUUCAAAACCAUGGUACAGAGUACAGGUGUGGUUUUCUUGACAGAUAUCUUGUUCAAAACCAUGGUACAGAGUACAGAUGUGGUUUUCAUGACUGAUAUCUUGUUCAAAACCAUAGUACAGAGUACAGAUGUGGUUUUCAUGACUGAUAUCUUUUUCAAAACCAUGGUACAGAGUACAGAUGUGGUUUUCUUGACAGAUAUCUUGUUCAAAACCAUGGUACAGAGUAGGGGUGUGCCGGACCCCGAUCCGGAAUCCGGUUCCGCCGGAUUUUGCACUAUCCGGUGAAAUCCGGUUCCGCCGGAUUUACAUGUAUCCGGAACAACCGGAUUCCGGAAUCCGGAAUAUACCGGAUUUCGGAAUUUGCCAGAUUUUGUGACUCACCGGAUCAUAAUCUGAAAUAAAAGUAAUUCUCUUUCCCGAAUUCCACACGAUCACGAUACAUUAAUCGAUUGUUUCGAGCGUUGAGCUUGUUUAAUGUUUAAUAUUCCGUACAUACCAGAGGCUAGAGUCAGCACCGCUAAUAGUGGCCAAUAGUGUAGGGACUUUGAUAAGAAAAUUUAAACUUUUUGUAAAAAUAAACCAAUGGCAUAGUUGAAAAGAUGUAAUUUUUUAAAGAAUUAUAACACCAAAAUCAUAUUUUUAGCUGUUGUAGUUUUAAAGUUAUGAAUUUUUAAAGUACGACUUGGUUUGUCAUUUUUUAACAUGGACUGCAUCUCCACAUUCUGUGAUCUCAUUCCACCAAUCCCGUCAUGCGCAAUGACUAUAUAGUUUAUAUAAGGCAACGCAUUCCCUGCCUUAUCACUAAAAUACUGUUUAGACUUAGUUUAAACUUUCAACUUUGGCACAUGAAUAAUUAAUUAAAGCUUUCCCUGACCAAUGGUUUAAUAGUUUUUGCACACGGCAAACUCUUAUGAAUGAAACUCUGAGGUAGUACUACGAUACAGUUAUGCAAGUGGCUGUGAAUGGUUGCCAAUGACAACGUGUUGCACACGGUAAAUUCUGAUCAUUUAUAAUAUGGAUUCUACCGGGUUGUUAAAGCUCAAAUUAAAACAUUCCAGUUUAAAUGUCUUUAAAUGCAUUCUGAAACACAAGUUAUCAAUUAUUUUGAUGUAAAUAGUGAUAAUAAAUUAAUAUUUCCUAAGUAUCGUCAACUUCCGCCAUUAAAAAGGGGGCGUGGCCAACCCCAUGGCGAAAUUAGGUUGAGCGAGCUGCAUAACCUGCUGCGAACGCGUAGAAACAUGGCGUCUCUCGUAAGACACUUAUCCAAAUGGAACGGAACUCAAAUAUAUAUCGAAAGUACUAAUUUAAUAAUAAAUAGACACACACAUCGGAAAAUUAAAAACUCGGAUUUUUUGGCGCCGAUUGCAAAUUCCCAUACACAAAAAGUAGUAGUCCACCUUGACUUACCGAAGUAUCUACCAAUAGUACCAAAAUCCGGAAUCCGGGAGAAACCGGAAUCCGGAUCCGGCGGAUUUCGCAUAAGAAAAUCCGGAUCCGGAUCCGGUUGGAAAAAACGGAUCCGGCACACCCCUAGUACAGAGUACAGAUGUGGUUUUCAUGACUGAUAUCUUGUUCAAAACCAUGGUACAGAGUACAGAUGUGGUUUUCUUGACAGAUAUCUUGUUCAAAACCAUGGUACAGAGUACAGAUGUGGUUUUCAUGACUGAUAUCUUGUUCAAAACCAUGGUACAGAGUACAGAUGUGGUUUUCAUGACAGAUAUCUUGUUCAAAACCAUGGUACAGAGUACAGGUGUGGUUUUCUUGACAGAUAUCUUGUUCAAAACCAUGGUACAGAGUACAGAUGUGGUUUUCAUGACUGAUAUCUUGUUCAAAACCAUAGUACAGAGUACAGAUGUGGUUUUCAUGACUGAUAUCUUUUUCAAAACCAUGGUACAGAGUACAGAUGUGGUUUUCUUGACAGAUAUCUUGUUCAAAACCAUGGUACUGAGUACAGAUGUGGUUUUCAUGACUGAUAUCUUGUUCAAAACCAUAGUACAGAGUACAGAUGUGGUUUUCAUGACUGAUAUCUUUUUCAAAACCAUGGUACAGAGUACAGAUGUGGUUUUCUUGACAGAUAUCUUGUUCAAAACCAUGGUACUGAGUACAGAUGUGGUUUUCAUGACAGAUAUCUUGUUCAAAACCAUGGUACAGAGUACAGAUGUGGUUUUCAUGACUGAUAUCUUGUUCAAAACCAUGGUACAGAGUACAGAUGUGGUUUUCUUGACAGAUAUCUUGUUCAAAACCAUGGUACAGAGUACAGAUGUGGUUUUCAUGACAGAUAUCUUGUUCAAAACCAUGGUACAGAGUACAGAUGUAGUUUUCAUGACAGAUAUCUUGUUCAAAACCAUGGUACAGUGCACAGACGUAGUUUUCAGGAAGCCUCAGUGACUUACGGUAGACGUAGUCUUCGGGAAGCCUCAGUGACUUACGGUAGACGUAGUUUUCAGGAAGCCUCAGUGACUUACGGUAGACGUAGUUUUCAGGAAGCCUCAGUGACUUACGGUAGACGUAGUCUUCAGGAAGCCUCAGUGACUUACUGUAGACGUAGUUUUCAGGAAGCCUUAGUGACUUACGGUAGACGUAGUUUUUAGGAAGCCUCAGUGACUUACUGUAGACGUAGUUUUUCAGGAAGCCUCAGUGACUUACUGUAGACGUAGUUUUCAGGAAGCCUCAGUGACUUACGGUAGACGUAGUUUUCAGGAAGCAUCAGUGACUUACGGUAGACGUAGUUUUCAGGAAGCCUCAGUGCCUUACUGUAGACGUAGUUUUCAGGAAGCCUCAGUGACUUACUGUAGACGUAGUUUUCAGGAAGCCUCAGUGACUUACUGUAGACGUAGUUUUCAGGAAGCCUCAGUGACUUACGGUAGACGUAGUUUUCAGGAAGCCUCAGUGACUUACUGUAGACGUAGUUUUCAGGAAGCCUCAGUGACUUACGGUAGACGUAGUCUUCCUUAUAUUUGUGUUGCUUCCUAUCAUUCAGACGUAAAUAAUUCCAUGUGUCUAGGAGUGAUUUUCCUGCGUCUAUUUAUAGCCGUAAACACGUCUAGAGCCAUCUGACCUAGUUUACCAUGUAGCGGAUUUGUUUCUAUCGAUUUUCGAUACACGUAUGGUCAAUGGCUUUGCUAUUUUUAGAAUGCACUAUUUUCUUGUUGAACCUUUCUUCCAAGGUUGUUAUUAAGCUACUGACGUCUUAUGGAAAGUGUGUGUUGGUGGGCAGUUGCUAGACUUGAUGUGGCUUUAUAUACUUGAUGCUUCUAUGUCUCUAGUUAACUAUAGUGAUCUAGUUGAAUGAGGCAACGUGCCUCACCUGUCUCAGAAUUUCUUUUUCCUAUGUACCCCCCCCAACCCGCUUACAAUCCCUAACAUCUUGGUGACACCCCAACCCCAAACAGAAGCUGGUAUCUUAGUGGCACCCCAACCCUAAAAAUGACCCUUACUUCUAAGUGACACCCUAUCAGACGCUGACAUCCAGGUGGCACACCCUGCCCCUACAGACCCUGACAUCUAAGUGGCACCCUGCCCUAAACAGGCACUUAUAUCUAAGUGGCACCCUCACCACCCACAGACCCUGACAUCUAAGUGGCACCCUGCCCUAAACAGGCACUUAUAUCUAAGUGGCACCCUCACCACCCUCACCACCCACAGACCCUGACAUCUAAGUGGCCCCCUGCCCUAAACAGGCACUUAUAUGUAAGUGGCACCCCCCCCACCCACAGACCCCGACAUCCUGUUGCCAAGCCUCCCCCCCCCCCCAUGGCAACCUAACCGGUGCUAACCCGCACACCCAGGGGUUACGACUGCCCCAAAACCACAGCUCCUCUGAAACCUAGACUGGCACCAGGUAUUUAUUAUUGUUGACAUUAAAGUCAGCUGCAAGUAUUAACUGGAAGGAAAGGUCCGGUUUAAAUUGUUGUGACAGAGUAAUGCCAGCUAAAGUCAGCUGACUGAAAGAAAAGUUUUGGUUGAAGUGUUGUGAUAGUGUAAUGUCAACUAGAUGGGCAACCAUCCAUUUUUCACAUCGGUGCUGAGAUGUGUUCCUAUAAGGAUAGAAUAGAAUGACACACUGUGAUAUGUUCCUAUGAGGAUAGAAUAGAAUGACAUGCUGUGAUGUGUUCCUAUAAGGAUAGAAUAGAAUGACACUGUGAUAUGUUCCUAGGAGGAUAGAAUAGAAUGAAUGAUACACCAUGAUUUGUUCCUAUGAGGAUAGAAUAGAAUGACAUGUUGUGAUGUGUUCCUAUGAGUAUAGAAACCCAUGAGUCAAAAACUCGAUUAUUUACUUGUUUGUUUCAAUAUAUCCUGCUUGAGUCACAUCCAAUAGAUGGGGUAUUUCCACUGUACUGAUGAUGAUGUUUCCAGGAAGUACAUUGCAGUUGGGUUAGUAGCAUGUACAUCCACUUUAGACACAAUAGAUGCUUGUUGAAAAGGGGAUCUCCCACAAAUCUCAUGUCAUGAUUUAAAUGGUUGAUUUGAUCAUGCAGUUCAGCUUUCUGUGGCUAUUUAAUGCUUUUCUGAUGAGAUUUCUAUUUGGAAUAUAAUGGGGUAGCAGUGUGGUAUUAAAGUGAACUUACUGGGGUACAGUGUGUGUUGUCAGGUGAAUGUACUGGGGUAGGUAAGAGUUAUAUCUAAAUAUGACAAGCACACAGACAGUUUAUUGUUUAUUCGUUUUUGUUUUCAAUUUACAUUUCAAGUUGUGUGUGCAUUUAUUUUAUGAAAUUUUUAAAUGUUUUUUUUUCCCCCUCAGGUUGGGUUGGGGGAGGGUGAGGAGCUUAUUACAGUGUCGAAACAAUCUCUUUAUUUCAGAUAGUGCUCUGUCGUCUUCUCUCUUAGCCAGCCUAGAUGAGGCAUCUGUCGAAACAAUCUCUUUAUUUCAGAUAGUGCUCUGUCGUCUUCUCUCUUAGCCAGCCUAGAUGAGGCAUCUGUCGAAACAAUCUCUUUAUUUCAGAUAGUGCUCUGUCGUCUUCUCUCUUAGCCAGCCUAGAUGAGGCAUCUGUCGAAACAAUCUCUUUAUUUCAGAUAGUGCUCUGUCGUCUUCUCUCUUAGCCAGCCUAGAUGAGGCAUCUGUCCAAACAAUCUCUUUAUUUCAGAUAGUGCUCUGUAGUGUUCUCUGUUAGCCAGUCUAGAUGAGGCAUCUGUCCAAACAAUCUCUUUAUUUCAGAUAGUGCUCUGUAGUGUUCUCUGUUAGCCAGUCUAGAUGAGACAUCUGUCCAAACAAUCUCUUUAUUUCAGAUAGUGCUCUGUAGUGUUCUCUGUUAGCCAGUCUAGAUGAGGCAUCUGUCCAAACAAUCUCUUUAUUUCAGAUAGUGCUCUGUCGUCUUCUCUCUUAGCCAGCCUAGAUGAGGCAUCUGUCGAAACAAUCUCUUUAUUUCAGAUAGUGCUCUGUCGUCUUCUCUCUUAGCCAGCCUAGAUGAGGCAUCUGUCGAAACAAUCUCUUUAUUUCAGAUAGUGCUCUGUCGUCUUCUGUCUUAGCCAGCCUAGAUGAGGCAUCUGUCGAAACAAUCUCUUUAUUUCAGAUAGUGCUCUGUCGUCUUCUCUCUUAGCCAGCCUAGAUGAGGCAUCUGUCGAAACAAUCUCUUUAUUUCAGAUAGUGCUCUGUCGUCUUCUCUCUUAGCCAGCCUAGAUGAGGCAUCUGUCCAAACAAUCUCUUUAUUUCAGAUAGUGCUCUGUAGUGUUCUCUGUUAGCCAGUCUAGAUGAGGCAUCUGUCCAAACAAUCUCUUUAUUUCAGAUAGUGCUCUGUAGUGUUCUCUGUUAGCCAGUCUAGAUGAGACAUCUGUCCAAACAAUCUCUUUAUUUCAGAUAGUGCUCUGUAGUGUUCUCUGUUAGCCAGUCUAGAUGAGACAUCUGUCGAAACAAUCUCUUUAUUUCAGAUAGUGCUCUGUAGUGUUCUCUGUUAGCCAGUCUAGAUGAGGCAUCUGUCCAAACAAUCUCUUUAUUUCAGAUAGUGCUCUGUCGUCUUCUCUCUUAGCCAGCCUAGAUGAGGCAUCUGUCGAAACAAUCUCUUUAUUUCAGAUAGUGCUCUGUCGUCUUCUCUCUUAGCCAGCCUAGAUGAGGCAUCUGUCGAAACAAUCUCUUUAUUUCAGAUAGUGCUCUGUCGUCUUCUCUCUUAGCCAGCCUAGAUGAGGCAUCUGUCGAAACAAUCUCUUUAUUUCAGAUAGUGCUCUGUCGUCUUCUCUCUUAGCCAGCCUAGAUGAGGCAUCUGUCCAAACAAUCUCUUUAUUUCAGAUAGUGCUCUGUCGUCUUCUCUCUUAGCCAGCCUAGAUGAGGCAUCUGUCGAAACAAUCUCUUUAUUUCAGAUAGUGCUCUGUAGUGUUCUCUGUUAGCCAGUCUAGAUGAGGCAUCUGUCCAAACAAUCUCUUUAUUUCAGAUAGUGCUCUGUAGUGUUCUCUGUUAGCCAGUCUAGAUGAGGCAUCUGUCCAAACAAUCUCUUUAUUUCAGAUAGUGCUCUGUAGUGUUCUCUGUUAGCCAGUCUAGAUGAGACAUCUGUCCAAACAAUCUCUUUAUUUCAGAUAGUGCUCUGUAGUCUUCUCUCUUAGCCAGUCUGUUUGUCAGCUUGAAUAAUGUAGAUUUACAUAAAAUCACCACAUAUUGAAUUUGACCACAAAUGACCGUUCCCCUCUUGCAUAAAUCUCAGUUCAGGUUUUAUUUGUGUUACACUUUACUGUUCGCUGAAGAUGGCUUCUUGCCGAUGCUGAAGAUAAAACUUGCCGACUUGUUCGUUGUUUUGUUGCCUCCAAUUUCCAGGUGUUCCCAUACCUUGUUUCACAUAUUUCCUUUCACCAUAAAGUAUACUUUAUGUGUAUUUGUAAGAACUUAUAAAAAUUACAGCAACUGUCAGGAAUUUUAGUAAAUUAAGAUCAUCCAAUCUCAGAAGUCUUAGCUGACAUCCAGUGUUAUUAUCAUAUAUCCAGUGUUAUUAUUAUGUAUCCAGUAUUUUUAUCAUAUAUCCAGUGUUCUUAUUAUCAUAUAUCCAGUUUUCUUAUUAUCAUAUUUCCAGUGUUCUUAUUAUCAUAUAUCCAGUGUUCUUAUUAUCAUAUAUCCAGUGUUCUUAUUAUCAUAUUCAGUGUUCUUAUAUAUUCAGUGUUCUUAUUAUAUAUCCAGUGUUCGUAUUAUUAUACAUCUAGUGACCUAAUAAUAUGCAUACCAUAUGCUAGUAGCCAUAGUAGUAAAAUAUCUCUAGUACCUGUAGCAGUAAAAGACCACCAUAGUGCAGGUCAAGGUCAUCAAGGGGAUUAACUUUGAUUGUAUGACAAGAUACAAAACUUGCAGAAAUGUGUCUUAACCCCAGUGGUAUUUGGUGGCUACAUUUUCCAUGUCCCUCUGUCUGGGCAGGUAAUGACUGUGGCAGGUAAUGACUGUGGCAGACAGAAAUGCUGUUAUGUCUGAUGGUAUAAACAUGAAAAUAUCAAGUGUUUGGUUAUUAAACAUUGGGGGGGGGGGGGGGGGGGGUCAGUGUCUAGAGGAGUGAGAGGAUGAGUGUCUAGAGGAGUGAGAGGAUGAGUGUCUAGAGGAGUGAGAGUGUGAGUGUCUAGAGGAGUGAGAGGAUGAGUGUCUAGAGGAGUGAGAGUGUGAGUGUCUAGAGGAGUGAGAGGAUGAGUGUAGAGGAGUGAGAGUGUGAGUGUCUAGAGGAGUGAGAGGAUGAGUGUCUAGAGGAGUGAGAGGAUGAGUGUCUAACAUUUGCUUAAUGAAGACUAUGGUUUUUAGGCUAUGUCAGUGUUGGGUAAGCUGGAGGACGUGGACAUUGACAUUAAUCUAAGUUUGUGGGCUAUGGACAAUGGCUCCAUUAGUGGUAAAAGUUUGAAUCAACCGAAAAGGAAAGAAUUUUAGAAAUGUUAACUUAAAGACUUGCCAAACAGGGUUAGAACUUUGAUGGUGCAAUUCCAACAAUUUUUUUUAAAGAGACCCAAAAUAUUGCAAUGUCAUUGUCCAAUGGAAUCAAGUCAACCUCAUUGGGGGUCAAACUCACAUUAUCUCUCUAUGUGCUUGGAUCACUUUUGAUCAAGAUCAACGGUUAUAUAUUUGAGGGACAGAGCACCUCAACAACUUGUCAGUUCUGUGAUGAAGUGAACAUUUCACCAAAUGUUUCUAUGCUCAUCAUAUCAGCAAGUUGUUUCUAUACCCAUCGUGUCAGCAAGUUGUUUCUAUACCCAUCGUGUCAGCAAGUUGUUCCUAUACCCAUUGUGACAGCAAGUUGUUUCUAUACUCAUCGUGUCAGCAAGUUGUUUCUAUAUCCAUCGUGUCAGCAAGUUGUUUCUAUACCCAUUGUGUCAGCAAGUUGUUCCUAUACCCAUUGUGACAGCAAGUUGUUUCUAUACCCAUCAUAUCAGGAAGUUUUUUCUAUACCCAUCAUGUCAGCAAGUUGUUCCUAUACCCAUUGUGACAGCAAGUGUUUUCUAUACUCAUCGUGUCAGCAAGUUGUUUCUAUACCCAUCGUGUCAGCAAGUUGUUUCUAUACCCAUCGUGUCAGCAAGUUGUUCCUAUACCCAUUGUGACAGCAAGUUGUUUCUAUACCCAUUGUGUCAGCAAGUGGUUCCUAUACCCAUUGUGUCAGCAAGUUGUUUCUAUACCCAUCAUAUCAGGAAGUUUUUUCUAUACCCAUCAUGUCAGCAAGUUGUUCCUAUACCCAUUGUGACAGCAAGUUGUUUCUAUACUCAUCGUGUCAGCAAGUUGUUUCUAUACCCAUCGUGUCAGCAAGUUUUUCCUAUACCCAUUGUGACAGCAAGUUGUUUCUAUACUCAUCGUGUCAGCAAGUUGUUUCUAUACCCAUUGUGUCAGCAAGUUGUUUCUUUACCCAUUGUGUCAGCAAGUUGUUUCUAUAUCCAUUGUGACAGCAAGUUGUUUAUAUACUCAUCCUCAUGCAUUUGGUUGUGUGACUGUAGAUGGUUUUGCUUUUCUAUCUGGUGGUGGAUUUAUGUGGUGGUUUUAGUACGGUGUAUCCAGUAUGGUGCAUCCAGUACAGUACAUCCAGUACUGUGCAUCCAGUACGGUGCAUCCAGUAGGGUGAAUCUAGUUAGUAGGGUGUAUCUAGACGGGUGUAUUCAGUGGGGUGUAUCCAGCAGGGCGUAUCCAGCGGGGCGUAUCGAGUAGGGCGGAUCCAGUAGGGUGUAUCUAGUAGUGUGGAUUUAGUAUGGUUUGGGAAAACAAAGAUGGGUAACGAACUAUUUAAUUGUUUUGUGAUGAUUAUGUGUGGUAGAUAAUUUAGUUGUUUUUCCUAUUGAAAAUGCUAACACCGUGAUCUUAUUACAAAGUCUGAGUGAACAGUGUGUUAGCCCGAGACUUUCUCACAUUAAAAAAUUAUUUCCGUCAGCUUCUAUGGGGGAGAGGAACUGUUGUCUCACAUACUAAGAAUCCAAGCUGACUUUUAAUUUCUCACUCCAAGCUUUUCAGUUGUAUGACUUGUCACUCAAAGCUUUUCAGUUGUAUGACUUGUCACUCCAAGCUUUUCAGUUGUAUGACUUGUCACUCCAAGCAUUUCUGUUGUAAGACUUGUCACUCCAAGCUUCAGUUGUAUGACUUGUCACUCCAAGCUUCAGUUGUAUGACUUGUCACUCCAAGCUUUUCAGUUGUAUGACUUGUCACUCCAAGCUUUUCAGUUGUAUGACUUUUCACUCCGAGCUUUUCAGUUGUAUGACUUGUCACUCCAAGCUUUUCAGUUGUAUGACUUGUCACUCCAAGCUUUUCAGUUGUAUGACUUGUCACUCCGAGCUUUUCAGUUGUAUGACUUGUCACUCCAAGCUUCAGUUGUAUGACUUGUCACUCCAAGCUUUUCAGUUGUAUGACUUUUCACUCCGAGCUUUUCAGUUGUAUGACUUGUCACUCCAAGCUUUUCAGUUGUAUGACUUUUCACUCCGAGCUUUUCAGUUGUAUGACUUGUCACUCCAAGCUUCAGUUGUAUGACUUGUCACUCCAAGCUUUUCAGUUGUAUGACUUGUCACUCCAAGCUUUUCAGUUGUAUGACUUUUCACUCCGAGCUUUUCAGUUGUAUGACUUGUCACUCCAAGCUUUUCAGUUGUAUGACUUGUCACUCCAAGCUUUUCAGUUGUAUGACUUGUCACUCCAAGCUUAUGAGUUGUGCCAAUUUCUUGUAUAUUCUUGUGAAAGUUCAAUCAUCUCAUCAAUAUUUAAGUCUUCAUUAAUAACUAAUUUUUUUAUGUAAACCUUGAAUCCCUGUAUUGCAAUCAAUAAAACUGGGUACAAUGCUAAUAAUCUGAAGUAUUCAGCCAUGUUGUUUAGUUGAAUCCAAUCUCCUGGGUAACAGCAUGGCCAGAAAUUAUCACAAACAAAUGGUGAAUUGGUUACAACAAAAGCAAAACAGGUCAAAGUUAAAGUGAUAUAUCUUUACAAUUAAAUUGUAGCAAACUGUUGCACUUGGAGUCUCAUUUCAUUGGUUUUGUUUGUUUUAUUCAGGUUGACCUGAGGUGACUCCAUCCAAUCCAGACAGGCAAGAAUCGUUUAUUGUUACCAGAUUUUUUUCAAAUCCAGACCAUUACAUUGACAGCUGUGGGAAACCCUGGGCAGAGACCUUCUCAUUGGACAUAGCCGCCAUCCGUUGCCAGGGGCACAAGACGUCUGAAGUUAUUGGAACUGUUAGAGCUUGUUCUCAAACAGGGACUACAACAUAGGAGACAUCUGAAAGUCUUACAACUGUGGGAUCUUGUUUUCAACCAAAGACUGCCAUCUUUCACUGACGAGUUUCUCCACAGGGAAGUAUUGAGGACCAAGACAACAAUUGUUUUGGGCAAAGAGGAAUGGAAAAUGUUCACAAUGCUAUAGCAUGGUAUCAGAAAAAGGUGAGCAUCAUUUCAUUAUGCUGACAAUAACAAUGUCUCAGUCAAUAUCCUUUCUUGCUCAAAAGAAAUGAAAUAUUUUUUUUGUUUUGUGGUUGUAGCAUUACAUGGUGUAAAUAAACUUCUCAAUAUUUUUGUUUCUUUCCUUUUUUAAAUAUUGUUUGGAUAACCCAAAAUGCUUGUAUCUUUGGUUUGUGGAGGUCUACAAAGCAGAUAUUGAGUUCCCAACAUAGACUCAAAGCUUGUUUUAACCUAUUCAAAUGUUUAUUUGUUUAUUCUAAAAUUGACCUAUGUGGCAAAUCAAGGCAGUUCAGUUGUUUAAUCAAAAAGAGAAAAAAGGUGCAACAUAUUAAACAAAAGCUUCCCUUUAAAAACAUCAGAGCUUUGUGUAGAAAACAGUGGGCACCAGGGCUGCUCAAGCGGAUCCCUGGAUCCCUUUCAAUAUUUAGUAGAUAAAAAAUGAGCCAGGGAUAUCUUGGGUAACCACUUUUAGAAUUAAUAAUACCCAUUUUGUUGGAUUUAAAUUGAGCAAGGGACAGGUAUGUUUCAAAUUGUCCCUGUUAGGCCACAGCCAGUCAAAGCUACUUACUUGCAAUGAACUAUUGAGCUCUGUAACUCUAGUGCACAGGUUCUCAAGCAUUUUCAAGUCAUGACUACAUUUAUAUACAAGCAGAGUGACCUACAACCAUGACACACUAAACUAAUGGCAUUUAAUAGGGUCAAUCUCGAUAAAUGUAAUUACAUAAAAACUAGACAUUUGAGCAUGACAUCAUUUUAAUUGAAGACAUAUUUAAUGCCAUUAUUUACUUUUUAACUUAAACUGUAAGGCAGAUGACAUAAUUUGAGCAUGAUAUAAUUUAAAUGAAAGACAUACUUAAUGUCAACAUAGACUUUGUAAGACAUAUUUAAUGCCAUAAGUGACUUUGUAAGACAUAUUUUUUGCCAUAAUUGACUUUGUAAGACAUACUUAAUGCCAACAUUAACUUUGUAAUACAUAUUUAAUGUCAUAAUUGACUUUGUAAAGUAAACUGUAUGGUAAAUUAGAAAAAAGAACUGAUGAAAAAAUCUCUUAGUUUAUUUUUCCAGCUGGUGACUCCACCAGUUAUAAUAGUAGAAUAAGAAACCACCUCAAAUCUGUGGUCUGUGUAACACUGAACCUUUAGUCAGCAUUCUCCAUUCUUUGUCUACCUGACGUCACAUGAUGACCGCCCACUCCAAUGCUCCAACCAAUGUUCACACAUACAAGUUGAAACAUUCAUGAAAACAACUCACCAGUCCCCGCCCACUCCAGUGCUCCAACCAAUGUUCACACACAUUCAUGAAAACAACUCACCAGUCAGGUCAUACACCAUGACAACACUGGACAAUCAGGUCACAGAGUUCACUCAAUACACACAACAAUAAUCUAGAUAAUCAUACACACUGUCACAAGUGUCCCCCUGCGAUUACUAUUUGAGAUGACAUGUCAUGGGUUGGGAACAGUGCUUAAGUAGCUUAAUUCUACUGGCUGUUGAGGUGCCAAACUUACGUUCUGUGCUUAAGUAGCUUAAUUCUACUGGCUGUUGAGGUGCCAAACUUACGUUCUGUUGUGUUGUUUACUUUCUAAAUCAGUCUAGUAAUGCAUUGGCAUAUAUAUAUACAUCUUUUAGUUUUUUUUAAAAUUUAUACCGAACCCUUUGUUGAUUCAUGACAGAUUCAAAAUUAGAAUUUGAGACACAAAUAAACUGUGGUUUCCUCUAUAGACAGUCAUAAUGACCUUAGCUUAAUAAGCUACUUAUCUCUUCCUAGGGUUUAGCAGUGAAAAACUUCAGCAGCUAGCAGCAAGUGAUCAACCUCUUAACAUCAUUUUCCAUUUGUUCAAAGACUCAAGUUUAAAGUUUAGCAAUUUCUAAAACACAAUCUUUCAUCGUCUCAGUUUGAGAAUGUUUGAUGUAGAAUUAAUCUCAUUGCGGGAGGAUUCACUUUUAUCAUGUAUUCAGGGAUAAGCCAAACCUCUGGAAAUGAUGAGCAACCCUAGGUCGUGCUGAGUUUAUUUUUCAGGCUGUUACUUGGGUGCUUGAUUCAGGCUGUUACUUGGGUGCUUGAUUCAGGCUUUACUUGGGUGCUUGAUUCAGGCUGUUACUUGGGUGCUUGAUUCAGGCUGUUACUUGGGUGCUUGAUUCAGGCUGUUACUUGGGUGCUUGAUUCAGGCUGUUACUUGGGUGCUUGAUUCAGGUUUUACUUGGGUGCUUGAUUCAGGCUUUACUUGGGUGCUUGAUUCAGGCUGUUACUUGGGUGCUUGAUUCAGGCUGUUUCUUGUGUGCUUGAUUCAGGCUGUUUCUUAUAUGCUUGAUUCAGGCUGUUUCUUGUGUGCUUGAUUCAGGUUGUUUCUUGGGUGCUUAAUUCCAUUAGAAUUCUAAAUAAAUCUCUUCAUUAUUAUUUACCUACAAUUUGACUUUGGGGAUUUCUCGAUUUAAAUAUUGAUGAGAUUUAAUGCUUUCAUACUGUCUGAAUAAUGAAUAUUCUGGAAUAUUCUGCAGAUUGGAUCCUAUGACAAACAGCUUUGGGAGCAAUCGGUUGAGAAGAAACUACAAAAGGUAACUUAUGGGAUUAAACAGAUAUUAAUGCUCACAGAAGAUAGAAACACAGAGUAGCUGACAAAGUAUACAUGGUUUAAAGUUCUCGCAAGCUGUUUAGAAUCGGUAGACAAAUUAUGCAAGGGUCAAAGUUAAUGAAGGCCGUAUUGUAAUAAGUCUAGGUGGAAUAAGAAAUAGUCAAUUGAUACCUUACAAUACUAUUGAAACACUUAUUUGACUAUUUAUCACAUCAUAGUUACGUACAGUCCUAGGCAUACGAACAUGUAAGUCCUAGGCAUAUGAACAUGCAAGUCCUAGGCAUGUGAACAUGUAAGUCCUAGGCAUGUGAACAUGUAAGUCCUAGGCAUGUGAACAUGUAAGUCCUAGGCAUGUGAACAUGAACUAUUAAGUCAACUGCAUUUACCAAUGUUCUUUCCUCAGCAACCACCAUUUGUUCUUCACAAUGCUCCCCGCAAGAAGGUUCGCUUAAAGACAGAAUAUAUUGAUGUGGAUCUCAUUCGAGGUGAGUCCCUAACACCAUCGUACACAGUUUGUCAUAAUCAUUAGACCAUCUUUGAAAAAUCAGCUCUAACACCAUCUUACACACAUCACAAUGAUUAGAACAUCUUUUACAAAUUAGCUGUUUCGAUGUUCUUAUACCUCAAUAGUGUUCUCAUAAAUGUAUGGUGGUUUUUUCUCAUACCAUUUGGUGGUGCUUUCAUACCCGACCAUGUUGUUUUUUUCGUAGCUUGGUAUGGUGCUUUCAUACCUGACCAUAGUUUUUUUCAUAUCUUUUUAUGGUGCUUUCAUACCUGACCAUGGUUUUCUCAUACCUUUAGAUGGUGCUUUCGACCUGCACAUGAUUUUCUUAUACUUUUGGAUGGUGCUUUUAUACCUGACCAUGAUUUUCUCAUGUUUGGAUGGUGCUUUUAUACCUGACCAUGAUUUUCUCAUGUUUGGAUGGUGCUUUUAUACCUGACCAUGAUUUUCUCAUGUUUGGAUGGUGCUUUUAUACCUGACCAUGAUUUUCUCAUGUUUGGAUGGUGCUUUUAUUCCUGACCAUGAUUUUCUCAUGUUUGGAUGGUGCUUUUAUACCUGACCAUGUUUUUCUCAUAUGUUUGGAUGGUGCUUUUAUACCUGACCAUGGUUUUCUCAUACGUUUGGAUGGUGCUUUUAUUCCUGACCAUGGUUUUCUUAUACCUUCGUAUGGCGCUUUUAUUCCUGACCAUGGUUUUCUUAUACCUUGGGAUGUUGCUUUUAUUCCCGACCAUGGUUUUCUUAUACCUUUGGUUGGUGCUUUUAUACCUGAACAUGGUUUUCUCAUGUUUGGAUGGUGCUUUUAUACCUGACCAUGGUUUUCUCAUGUUUGGAUGGUGCUUUUAUACCUGACCAUGGUUUUCUCAUACGUUUGGAUGGUGCUUUUAUUCCUGACCAUGGUUUUCUUAUACCUUCGUAUGGCGCUUUUAUUCCUGACCAUGGUUUUCUUAUACCUUCGGAUUUUGCUUUUAUUCCUGACCAUGGUUUUCUUAUACCUUUGGUUGGUGCUUUUAUUCCCGACCAUGGUUUUCUUAUACCUUUGGUUGGUGCUUUUAUACCUGACCAUGGUUUUCUUAUACCUUCGGAUGUUGCUUUUAUACCUGAUCAUGGUUUUCUUAUACCUUUGGUUGGUGCUUUUAUACCUGACCAUGGUUUUCUUAUACCUUCGGAUGUUGCUUUUAUACCUGAUCAUGGUUUUCUUAUACCUUUGGUUGAUGCUUUUAUACCUGACCAUGGUUUUCUCAUACGUUUGGAUGGUGCUUUUAUUCCCGACCAUGGUUUUCUCAUACGUUUGGAUGUUGCUUUUAUACCUGACCAUGGUUUUCUCAUACGUUUGGAUGUUGCUUUCAAACCUGACCAUGGUUUUCUCAUAACUCAGAAAUUGCAAAUUUUUUUUUUUUUAAAUUGUAUUUUUAUCUAUAAUCAAUCUUUUUAACGUCUCUACAACUAUUUCGUAAUGUCUAGAAAUAAUCAUGGCUGCAGUUGGUGAAGACUUUGCAAAUGUUACCGAGGGGCUGAUGGCACUAAAAUGGUUGAGAACCUCUAAUCUAUUGGCUUGGAUUUUUUUUGUAGAAACUUGAAAACAUCAGGCCUGAACCAAUAGGGGUGAUGGGUUGUACUAAAAGAUUUGCUUACACAGUACUGAUGACAUCAUGUGGAAACAGUACUGAUGACAUCAUGUGGAAACAGUACUGAGGACAUCAUGUGGAAACAGUACUGAGGACAUCAUGUGGAAACAGUACUGAUGACAUCAUGUGGAAACAGUACUGAUGACAUCAUGUGGAAGAAGCACACUAGCUGCACUUGUCUAUUGGGCACUUUAUGUCGUUCCAUUAACCUGACACUAACAUGGUUGUUGUAUUGUUCUCCUAGGGUCAAUGUUUGCCAAGCCACAAGUGCCAUGGGUUUAGUUCCAUUAACCUGACACUAACAUGGUUGUUGUAUUGUUCUCCUAGGGUCAACGUUUGCCAAGGCCAAGCCACAAGUGCCAUGGGUUUAGUUCCAUUAAUCUGACACUAACAUGGUUGUUGUAUUGUUCUCCUAGGGUCAACGUUUGCCAAGGCCAAGCCACAAGUGCCAUGGGUUUAGUUCCAUUAACCUGACACUAACAUGGUUGUUGUAUUGUUCUCCUAGGGUUUUUUCUCAUAUGUUUGGAUGGUGCUUUUAUACCUGACCAUGGUUUUCUCAUACGUUUGGAUGGUGCUUUUAUUCCUGACCAUGGUUUUCUUAUACCUUCGUAUGGCGCUUUUAUUCCUGACCAUGGUUUUCUUAUACCUUGGGAUGUUGCUUUUAUUCCCGACCAUGGUUUUCUUAUACCUUUGGUUGGUGCUUUUAUACCUGAACAUGGUUUUCUCAUGUUUGGAUGGUGCUUUUAUACCUGACCAUGGUUUUCUCAUGUUUGGAUGGUGCUUUUAUACCUGACCAUGGUUUUCUCAUACGUUUGGAUGGUGCUUUUAUUCCUGACCAUGGUUUUCUUAUACCUUCGUAUGGCGCUUUUAUUCCUGACCAUGGUUUUCUUAUACCUUGGGAUGUUGCUUUUAUUCCCGACCAUGGUUUUCUUAUACCUUUGGUUGGUGCUUUUAUACCUGAACAUGGUUUUCUCAUGUUUGGAUGGUGCUUUUAUACCUGACCAUGGUUUUCUCAUGUUUGGAUGGUGCUUUUAUACCUGACCAUGGUUUUCUCAUACGUUUGGAUGGUGCUUUUAUUCCUGACCAUGGUUUUCUUAUACCUUCGUAUGGCGCUUUUAUUCCUGACCAUGGUUUUCUUAUACCUUCGGAUGUUGCUUUUAUUCCCGACCAUGGUUUUCUUAUACCUUUGGUUGGUGCUUUUAUUCCUGACCAUGAUUUUCUCAUGUUUGGAUGGUGCUUUCAUACCUGACCAUGGUUUUCUCAUGUUUGGAUGGUGCUUUUAUACCUGACCAUGGUUUUCUCAUAUGUUUGGAUGGUGCUUUUAUACCUGACCAUGGUUUUCUCAUACGUUUGGAUGGUGCUUUUAUUCCUGACCAUGGUUUUCUUAUACCUUCGUAUGGCGCUUUUAUUCCUGACCAUGGUUUUCUUAUACCUUGGGAUGUUGCUUUUAUUCCCGACCAUGGUUUUCUUAUACCUUUGGUUGGUGCUUUUAUACCUGAACAUGGUUUUCUCAUGUUUGGAUGGUGCUUUUAUACCUGACCAUGGUUUUCUCAUGUUUGGAUGGUGCUUUUAUACCUGACCAUGGUUUUCUCAUACGUUUGGAUGGUGCUUUUAUUCCUGACCAUGGUUUUCUUAUACCUUCGUAUGGCGCUUUUAUUCCUGACCAUGGUUUUCUUAUACCUUCGGAUUUUGCUUUUAUUCCUGACCAUGGUUUUCUUAUACCUUUGGUUGGUGCUUUUAUUCCCGACCAUGGUUUUCUUAUACCUUUGGUUGGUGCUUUUAUACCUGACCAUGGUUUUCUUAUACCUUCGGAUGUUGCUUUUAUACCUGAUCAUGGUUUUCUUAUACCUUUGGUUGGUGCUUUUAUACCUGACCAUGGUUUUCUUAUACCUUCGGAUGUUGCUUUUAUACCUGAUCAUGGUUUUCUUAUACCUUUGGUUGAUGCUUUUAUACCUGACCAUGGUUUUCUCAUACGUUUGGAUGGUGCUUUUAUUCCCGACCAUGGUUUUCUCAUACGUUUGGAUGUUGCUUUUAUACCUGACCAUGGUUUUCUCAUACGUUUGGAUGUUGCUUUCAAACCUGACCAUGGUUUUCUCAUAACUCAGAAAUUGCAAAUUUUUUUUUUUUUAAAUUGUAUUUUUAUCUAUAAUCAAUCUUUUUAACGUCUCUACAACUAUUUCGUAAUGUCUAGAAAUAAUCAUGGCUGCAGUUGGUGAAGACUUUGCAAAUGUUACCGAGGGGCUGAUGGCACUAAAAUGGUUGAGAACCUCUAAUCUAUUGGCUUGGAUUUUUUUUGUAGAAACUUGAAAACAUCAGGCCUGAACCAAUAGGGGUGAUGGGUUGUACUAAAAGAUUUGCUUACACAGUACUGAUGACAUCAUGUGGAAACAGUACUGAUGACAUCAUGUGGAAACAGUACUGAGGACAUCAUGUGGAAACAGUACUGAGGACAUCAUGUGGAAACAGUACUGAUGACAUCAUGUGGAAACAGUACUGAUGACAUCAUGUGGAAGAAGCACACUAGCUGCACUUGUCUAUUGGGCACUUUAUGUCGUUCCAUUAACCUGACACUAACAUGGUUGUUGUAUUGUUCUCCUAGGGUCAAUGUUUGCCAAGCCACAAGUGCCAUGGGUUUAGUUCCAUUAACCUGACACUAACAUGGUUGUUGUAUUGUUCUCCUAGGGUCAACGUUUGCCAAGGCCAAGCCACAAGUGCCAUGGGUUUAGUUCCAUUAAUCUGACACUAACAUGGUUGUUGUAUUGUUCUCCUAGGGUCAACGUUUGCCAAGGCCAAGCCACAAGUGCCAUGGGUUUAGUUCCAUUAACCUGACACUAACAUGGUUGUUGUAUUGUUCUCCUAGGGUCAACGUUUGCCAAGGCCAAGCCACAAGUGCCAUGGGUUUAGUUCCAUUAAUCUGACACUAACAUGGUUGUUGUAUUGUUCUCCUAGGGUCAACGUUUGCCAAGGCCAAGCCACAAGUGCCAUGGGUUUAGUUCCAUUAACCUGACACUAACAUGGUUGUUGUAUUGUUCUCCUAGGGUCAACGUUUGCCAAGGCCAAGCCACAAGUGCCAUGAGUUUAGUUCCAUUAACCUGACACUAACAUGGUUGUUGUAUUGUUCUCCUAGGGUCAACGUUUGCCAAGGCCAAGCCACAAGUGCCUUGGGUUUAGUUCCAUUAACCCGACACUAACAUGGUUGUUGUAUUGUUCUCCUAGGGUCAACGUUUGCCAAGGCCAAGCCACAAGUGCCUUGGGUUUAGUUCCAUUAACCUGACAUUAACAUGGUUGUUGUAUUGUUCUCCUAGGGUCAACGUUUGCCAAGGCCAAGCCACAAGUGCCAUGGGUUUAGUUCCAUUAACCUGACACUAACAUGGUUGUUGUAUUGUUCUCCUAGGGUCAACGUUUGGGUCAACGUUUGCCAAGGCCAAGCCACAAGUGCCAUGGGUUUAGUUCCAUUAACCUGACACUAACAUGGUUGUUGUAUUGUUCUCCUAGGGUCAACGUUUGCCAAGGCCAAGCCACAAGUGCCAUGAGUUUAGUUCCAUUAACCUGACACUAACAUGGUUGUUGUAUUGUUCUCCUAGGGUCAACGUUUGCCAAGGCCAAGCCACAAGUGCCAUGGGUUUAGUUCCAUUAACCCGACACUAACAUGGUUGUUGUAUUGUUCUCCUAGGGUCAACGUUUGCCAAGGCCAAGCCACAAGUGCCAUGGGUUUACAUCACAAGGAAAGCAGUCGCUCGAGUUCUCUUCUUCCCAUUCUAUUACAACUGGUAAGUCUCUUACUAAUGGAAGUAACCUAUCUCUCUUACUUAUGGAAGUAAUCUAUCUCUCUUACUAAUGGAAGUAACAUAUCUCUCUUACUUAUGGAAGUAACCUAUCUCUCUUACUUAUGGAAGUAACCAAUCUGGGCAAUCAUAAAGAUUUCACAAUUGUAUCUAGAUUUUAAAAUAUUUGAACAGUUUAGGAACAUUUCAUCUGACAUCAGCUUUCUAGCUUUGUUUUUGGUAGCCAUUUAUUUAGUGAACUAGUUUACCCUUUGGGGUUGUGCAGUUUGGGGGGGGGGGGGGGGAAGGUCAUUUUUUGUUUUUGAACCCUGCACUAUCACUCUACUUGAUAAUUAAUUUUACCAGUAUUUCGGUUUGUUUCGGUUUACAUUUUUCACUUCAUGGGCUGAAUAUGAUGUAAAAAUAGGAGGUCGGCAGGUAGCCUUGAAUUAUUGUUAAAUUUAAUGAAUUUGUUCGUAAAAAUAGGUCGGCAGGUAGCCUUGAAUUAUUGUUAAAUUUAAUGAAUUUGUUCGUAAAAAUAGGAGGUCGGCAGGUAGCCUUGAAUUAUUGUUAAAUUUAAUGAAUUUGUUCGUAAAAAUAGGAGGUCGGCAGGUAGCCUUGAAUUAUUGUUAAAUUUAAUGAAUUUGUCCGUAAAAAUAGGAGGUCGGCAGGUAGCCUUGAAUUAUUGUUAAAUUUAAUGAAUUUGUUCGUAAAAAUAGGAGGUUGGCAGGUAGCCUUGAAUUAUUGUUAAAUUUAAUGAAUGUGUUCGUAAAAAUAGGAGGUUGGCAGGUAGCCUUGAAUUAUUGUUGAAUGUAUUGAUGAAUAUGUCCGUAAUGACACCUUUGGUUUACCUAUUGUCUUCUACUGUGUUUGACAUCUACCUUCUACCAGGUGGGUCCACCAGACGUCCAAACAGCUGUAUGCCGUCCUCUUUGUGUUGUACACAUUACAGGUGGUCACUAUAGUUGUUUACCUACGCAACUUUGACCACAGCAUCAUGGAAGAUGUAGGUAUCGCUGAGGUUGGUUUAAAGACGCCUUGUCCUGCAUGCGUGGCUAAGAAUUGGUUUAAAUGUCUUCAUUACCGGCUCUGAUUCUCAUUUAAGACAAAGCCAUGGUUAUUUAUAACAAUAAUUUUAUGUUGUGUAAGCACGUUCAAAGUGCCAUUGUUGUACAAAUAACCUAGAAGUUUGUUAAAGACUCAUGUUAGGACGGCUGAUAGUGGAAUAGUUCAAAGUUCCAUUGUUGUAUUAGUAUAACCUAGAAGUUAGCUACAGGCUGUUGUAAGGACAGCUGAUAGUGGAAUAACAGAACCCCCCCCCCCCCCCCGAGGAGCUCAAUUUUAGAAUCGGUUUUAUUAUAACAUACUGUAAGAACAAAAUAUAGACAAGGGGCGGCCACUGUACUCAAACAUAGUUGAAGUUAUCUUCUCAUUGGCAGUGUUAAUGAAGAUGUAUUCUAUGCUCACAGAACAAGUGCCCAAAGUCUUGUUAGAAAUGCCAAGCCACUGACUUUUCCAAUAUUUUGCCUUAUCAAACAUACACUUUUUAGCAAUGUCAACACGGGCUGGUUCACAAGAGGUCAGUGCUAGCCUAUGGUUACACAGUAAGGUACUGCAACUAGUUUAAUCAUACAAGUUCAUUGAUAACUUAGAGAUUAGAAAACCUACCGGUCACAAGAAAUCUGUGCUAAUUUAUGAUUACACAGUUAAUGUGCUGAAAUCAUACAAAUAUAUUCAUAGCAUAUCAGACUCCUAGCAUUUGACACUAAUGGCAUGAAAGGUCUUGCAAUAAUCAUCUAACAAACCUUAAGUUGGAUCAGUGCGGAAUCUGAUAAUUGGCCUGUGUUUCCAGGAGCUUUCCUUCACCGAGGUCAUCCUGCCUACCAUUCUCAUGUUCCUACUCUGUCUGAUCCAUUCCCAAACUGUGCUGGCCCACAUCAAUCACAAGCCUCCCAAGCGGGCAAAAACUAUCUCAGGGUAAGUCCCUCUAGUUUAACCAUGGGGUAACUCUUGUUUCAACUCUAAGUUAAUAUGAAGGUUUGCCAUUCAGUAUGAUAAUUUGCAUUGGCCAGUUAAUAUGUUAAGUUUUAUCUAUUUUUUCAUUUAUUUUUUUAUAAAAAGAAAUUGGUCUUGCAUUGAAUUCCUACUAAAAUUGUGUUUAAUGUUGUAUACACUAGGACCUUCAUGUGUUGAAUUACAUGAUUUGAUGUCUGCUUUUUAAAUAAAUGUUUUGUUAUUGGUAAGAAUAAAUUAGUUAAUUUUUUAGAUUAAAACAUCAUAAAGAAAAUAUCUAAUGAAAUUACAUUUUAAAAAUUCAUCUUUUGACUUCAUCAGGGUGACACGGAAAGCACGACCUAAGAAAAUUCCCCGUAAAGGUCGUACAUCUGGUAACAACAGCACAUGUGCUGAAGAUGGCGGUAACACAGACACAUCAAAGUCCAGUAAAGUACAUUUCCCAAGCUCUACUGGAGGCUCAGAUUCCAAGCAUCGGCCAUCAGAGACUCAGAAAUCAGAGCCUCCCGUGGUGGCCUCGCAUCUUGACAUGGAGAAAAACUUAUUGUCUCGAUCUGUUAGUGACUACGACCUCAAGCCAGUGACCAGCUCCACCAACCAUCAGUCGGCCCACCAUCACCACCACCACCGACACCACACCUCCACACAAAGGGAGACUGCUCCCAAAUCGGCCAAGCCCCAGGCUGAACCGGAGCUUGGUGCGGACAAAGUAUUAGAAAAGACCCGACCGGUCCGACCUGAGGUUGGGGGGGAGCAGGCUGCCCGCAGUGACUGGGGGCAUCGAGGCAACUGGGGCACUCGUUCCGUCCAAAAGUCUGGCUGUUGUUAUAACUUGUUGGACAAUUUGCCCAAUUUGUUAACAGUGGAGAAGGUGUGCCGAGAUGUUGGUGUUGCCAGUGACAAUGAUGACACAGAGGACGGGGAUAAUGAUGUCGGAAUCAAGUUUAAAAAACAAGAUUCCUACCGCUGCCCUCACGGCAGGGAUGCCACUAGUGCGGACAGAGAAGGUUUAGAUUAUUUUCUAUGUGGGGAUAUCACAGACUCUAGACCAAAGGUUGGUGCCGACGGAGGGGUCAAGAUUGUCGGCCAGGCUUUGUCAGCCUGUGCAGAUAACUACGCAGAUUGUGACUGCCUACUGGCCAGUAAACAAAGCUCCCACCAUGUCAGCAGUUGUCAACAAACACAAACUGGGCAGUUUGAUUCAAGGGAUGUACGUUCAUGUUCAGAGACAGACUUGAACCCUUGCCAUCGGCACUGCCACCAACAGGAGCCUAGUUCUAAUAGAGAUAUCUUACCCAGCCCCUUCCAUGGGCCCAUGUUGAAUGACCCUUCAUAUUUAGCUUGUAAAUCUGAUAAAUUUGCGUGCCAACUUUCCAAUCGACCCAUGGAAAGACAGGACGGUGUAUUAGAUUGGUGUAGUUCCACUCACAAAGACUUGUGUCAUUGCUCCAAUACUCAGCCAGACAAAAACCAUCACCAUGUUCUAUUCAGUAAAGGCUUACCAAAGAAACCAAUCUCCAAUUCCACCAGUGGGGUAGCAGACGUCAGUGAGUUUUCUCAGGAACAUUCUACUGAAAAGUGUCCAAAAUGUCCCGAUGUUCAUAGACAGAUUCGCUCUCUGGCAUCUGCUGUCUCGGAUACCAACCUUGACCUUCAAGUAGCCACAUCAUCCAGGUUGUGUCUGACACGUUCAGGUGGUGCCAUCGACCAGCUCCAUCCCGCCCACCAUAAUGACUUGAGAUGCUCGGAUAAACUAUUCAAGAACCAUGUCAAGUUUUCCAAUGACCAGGGGGUCUGCGGUCAUCAUGAACCAUCAAGUUCCCGCAGUUUACCUUACCUAAGACAGCAGGUGCCCAGCUCCGGCUGUCAGAAGGGGAGCAGACUAGAACAGGUGCCCGGUUAUGGCAGUCAGAAGGAAAGUAAACUAGAACAGCUGCCCAGCUGUGGCUGUCAGAAAGGCAGUGAACAAGCUCCCAAAGAAACAGAUUCCCAGCUGCAGUGUUUCUCUGAUGUCAUUGUGCAGGAAAUCCUAAACGAGGAAACUCUGAGGAGCUGCAGUUCCCUCCUGAUCCACUCAGACCUGGAGAACUCCUCCUCUUCCAUCAGCCACCUCUCGUCAUCCUCGGUGUCAUCUCUCUCUUCCUCCUACAGACUGUCCAACAUUGACCACAUUCCCCCGUCCACCCCCUCUGGCCUGACAUUGUCCUCCUUGCCCAGUUGCAAGGCUUCGGGCCAGCUUCAUACACAAAGUGACACGUCUGAGCCGCCGGGCUCGGGGUCCGGUGUCACUUUACAACAGAAGGGACAAGUCACAGCGGGGCUCGAUGCUCUCGAUGAAAGCCUCGAGCAGAUAAACAUGUCUGAUGGGGAAAGACCAUCUGACAUAUCCAAUUAUAAUCCAUCGGAUUCAGACGGAGAGUCGGAUGGCCCGGCUAAUGAGGACCUUCGGAACAAGUUUGAAGAGAAAUGGAAGAGACUCAGAUUCCAAGAGCUGGAAAUAAAAUCUGAUGGUAAUGUUGGUUUUACUCAUUUUCUAUCUGAGGGUAAUGUUGGUUUUAAUAAUUUUCUAUAUCAUGGUAAUGUUGGUUUUACUCAUUUUCUAUCUGAGGGUAAUGUUGGUUUUAAUAAUUUUCUAUAUCAUGGUAAUGUUGUUUGUUAUUCACUACCUGGUUGAUGGUCAUUUCUUUCUUGACUUCCUGGUUGAUGGUCAUUUCUCUGUUCACUCCCUGCUCAAUGAAAAUGUUUUCAUUUAUAAUCUCCAAUAAAUCUAGUUGGUAUUCAUUCGAAAGCAUUAAAUUUAUUAUUUUCAUUAUCUUAAACUUUAAUCUAUUGUUUAGAGUUGACGUCCUAAGUGUAUUUAUAUGUAUUUAUAUUUGACAGUGCAUAUGUAUUAAUUAUUAAAGACUUUCUUUCUUCUCACCUUGCCGUCUUGUAAGUUUGUCCAUGGUAAUUUUGUUGUUCAUACAUGUGACCGUCUCUUUAGUCUGUCUUGUUGUCUUGAGCUGACCUGAAAAGUCACCUGAGUUGAUGACAAAAGAGUUAAAGCUUCAGUGGGCUGGGUGGAUGGACAGCUUCAGUGGGCUGGGCGGAGGGACAGCUUCAGUGGGCUGGGUGGAGGGAGGAGUCUGUGCAGAAAAUAUAUUUUUAAAAAAUCAAUAAAUACAAAAAUCAACAUGUUUAAGUUUAUUCUCCAUUUAAUUGGAAUGAGUUUAAAAAAAUAGUUGUCUAGUUUUUAGUCCAUUUCAAAUUUUGUUCAAAAGUAUUUAACAUUUUUUUUUGUUUUGUUUUGAUGUGACAUGCAGGUGUAUUUAUUUCUUUAGAUGUGACAAUACAUUUUUAUUAAUUUGUUCAGAUGUGACCAUGUUUGUGCAUUAAUUAAUGAAAUCAUUCAUUAAGAUGUAUUCACUUUAACCGCAGUCAAUUUUUCUACUUAACACACUUCACAUAGGGAUAAACUGAUGAAUCAUUGUUUUUGCCAUCGACAGAGGACCCCACCAAAUGUAAUGGUGGAGCUACCACCGGGCCAAAAGCUAGUACUUCAUCCAACAAGCCAUCCAAGACUGGCAGCGGCAGCGGACCACGGUCAGUUGUUGGCAUCCUGACCAGGAAACCUUCACCAUUGAAAGACUUGGCCAUAGGUAGAAUGGCCAGUGCCAAUGGCACCACAAACUCUUCAGGUCAGUCCAUCCCUGUUGGCUUGUUACAGAUAAGGUCAGUCCAUCAGGGUUGGCUUGUUACAGAAAAAGUCAGUCCAUCAGAGUUGGCUUGUUACACUUCAUUCAGGUCAGUCCAUCAGAGCUGGCUUGUUACAAUUCAUGUCAAUCCAUCAGAGCUGGCUUGUUACACUUCAGGUCAGUCGAUCAGGGCUGGCUUGUUACAUUUAAGGUCAGUCCAUCAGAGCUGGCCUGUUACACUUCAGGUCAGUCCAUCAGGGCUGGCUUGUUACAUUUAAGGUCAGUCCAUCAGAGCUGGCUUGUUAACACUUCAGGUCAGUCCAACAGAGCUGGCUUGUUACACUUCAGGUCAGUCCAUCAGGGUUGGGUUGUUACACUUCAGGUCAGUCCAUCAGAGCUGACUUGUUUCAUUUAAGGUCAGUGACUAACAUAUUGUCACUAAAUUUACUUGGUUUGUAACUGUCUGAGAUUGUGAUCGGUGCAAGGUUUUGUUCAACAUGUCUGAGAUUGUGAUCGGUGCAAGGUUUUGUUCAAUAUGUCUGAGAUUGUGAUCGGUGCAAGGUUUUGUUCAACAUGUCUGAGAUGGUUAUCUUUUCAUUUUAUGUUUUAAAUGGAGUGAAUUUGACUUAAUUUUCACAGGAAGUGAUGUAGAGUUAAAUGAAUCACGCAGCCAGCUGCGGCGCAGACGCCGUACAUCUGGUACCACAGGGGACAGCGGAGAGACUACACGGAGUAGGAAUGUCCCCAAUACUCUGGGCAUACGUUCACAUAACCUCAAUGGAAAACAUAUUAGCUCAUCAGAAAAUGAAGCUGGUGCACAUACACCAGAAGGGUCUAAUAAGGUAAGUGCAUAUAUUAUACAUACAUGACUGAAGGGUCUUAUAAGGUGAGAGUCUUUAAGAAUCAGGAUUCAAAUUCAUCACCUUCAUCACUGGCUAUUUUGCCCCUACCCACUUUCUAAACUUCAAAUGAUUAUUUUUCUUGUAUCUCCUCCACUGAAGGCCACCAUGAGUUCCGAGGAAUGGGAAGACCACAUGCAGUCGGACGAGACGACAUCCUCGGCCUACUCCAGCAGCUGUGGUAACAGCGACGACUCGGGGGAGGAGGGUGAAGAGAAGACAGAGUACACGACCAGUACACUCCAUGUCAUCAACCUCCUACAACCUGUAAGUCAAUGACUCUUUCUUGGCUUGUCGUUAUCUGCUGUUGUGUCAGAGACCUGUCUUCUGUAGGUGUUGUGCACUGUGGACUUGGGCCCUAGCUGUUGUGUAAACCUUGAUGUUUUUGUAUGGCAGGGUGCUAUGUAUUUGGAUAGAUUUAGAUUUCAUCAGAUCUCUUUAUGGUAGACUCUAUGAUGGGGGAAAGGGGGAGGGGGGUCAGUGAUACUGGAUGCUAAGAUAAGAAAGGCUGCACAUGAUAAACUCUGGGAUAUUAUAGACUUGAUGAGGCUAAUAUAGACUAGGAAAUGAUCAACUCUAUUAUUUGAUAAAUCCUUUGUUAUAUCUGGUACUCUUAGGGUAUGAUCAACUCUGGUAUAAUAUUGAAGAUGUGUUUUGCUAUUGUAUUUAAACAUUAAGGUUAGAGCAAGAUCUUGGAUAUAUUUAUAUCACAUUUUAUCAUUUUAAAAUCCUUGUAUAAAUUCCUAAUUAGCAUUGAAGCAUCUCCUACUGACUACUUCACUGAAAUUAUGUUAUUAUGAUUCUUAUCUUAUGAUCAUGUAUGCAUUAUUCAGAAUUAUUAUUAUUUAAACAUGAGCUUUUCAAUUCUUAACUAAAAUUAGAAUUUAGAAGUAAUCUUUCAUCGGGGCUAUUUUGAGAAACAAGUAGGUCAUCUUUACCAGAGGACUGGGCUGGGUUAUAUCGUCUACCUUUUUGAACUCUUGCCAUUGAACUAAACAUUUUUACCAUUCAUGAAGGAAUUUAUUGGACGUUGAUUCAUCAAAGGCACUCGUCAGCCAUCAUUCCACUCAAAUCCUUUUUGAACUCUUGCCAUUGAACUAAACAUUUUUACCAUUCAUGAAGGAAUUUAUUGGAUGUUGAUUCAUCAAAGGCACUCGUCAGCCAUCAUUCCACUCAAAUCCUUUUUGAACUCUUGCCAUUGAACUAAACAUUUUUACCAUUCAUGAAGGAAUUUAUUGGACGUUGAUUCAUCAAAGGCACUCGUCAGCCAUCAUUCCACUCAAAUGCUCAAUCAAAUUGCCAUAUUUAUUUUUAUGUGAGCCAGUUUAAUGGAGUGAAUUAGUCAUUGACAUUUAUGGUAGCCUUUAUAGGUGACAUCAUUUAUGGGUGACAUCGUUUAUUUGUGACAUUCUUUAUUGGUGACAUCCUUUAUUGGUGACAUUCUUUAUUGGUGACAUCAUUUAAUGAUAGCAUCCAUUAUUGGUGACAUCAUUUAUUGGUUUCAUCCUUUAUUGGUGACAUCCUUUAUUUGUUGCAUCCUUUAUCGGUGCAUCCUUUAUCGGUGACAUCCUUUAUCGGUGACAUCCUUUAUCGGUGGCAUCCUUUAUCGGUGGCAUCCUUUAUUGUGACAUCUUUUAUCGGUGACAUCUUUUAUCAGUGGCAUUCUUGUUUGGCGGGUUAUUUCCAGUAAACCUCAUGAUAGUCAAUUAGCUGUCAUGAAGUUAUCUGGGCAUCUGCCUUAUGGAGGUUUUCAAAUUGUUUGGCUGAACACAUUAUUAUUAUUUAUAUCUUGCAAUGAGUGGGUUUUUUAAAUGUAAGAGUAAGUAUUGAUUUAGGCUUGAUUAAUGUAUUGCUUAGUUUUGGGUGGGGAGUGGUGGAGGGUUAAGUGAUACAUGGUUAUAGUGAAGAGACAGAUCACAUAAAAUCUAAACAUUAAUUUCAAAGUAUUCUAUGAUUUGUUUCAUAUUUAUAAAAUGACUUGUUUGUUUGUACCAUCAAUAUUUGUUUGUUUGUACCAGCAAUAUUUGUUUGUUUGCAUGAUUGAUUGGUUUGUCCAAGCUUGUUACAAUCAAUUUGUUAGUGACUAUUGUUUUCCCCUCAUUCCUAAGGGUUUGCAGCCUGGCUGCCUGCCUCCAACUAAGCAGGUAUCAGUUUUAAUCAUCUUUCAUUCAUUUCAUGCACACUUGACCCUCUUUUUUUAAAAACUCAGUACCAUGGCAUGCUGAAAGGGUCAAGAUCUUGAGUAGCUUGCAAUGGUGCUAUAGCUAAAAGACCGGCUCAUUUUAUCAGAGUUUGAAUUGAUGAGAGAGAAGAGCUUUAAAUGAUGGAUGUGUUGUGUUUAUUUUUACACAGAGAGUUGGAAGCACUUAAUAUAAGAAACUAAAAUAAAAUUAAGCUGUAAGAAAUAGAAUGGUGGUGUGGAUAUGUGGGUCAGCUGUAAGAAAUGGUAUGAUGGUGUUGGUAUUAUCAUCUGGUGUAAGAAAUGGUAUGAUGGUGUUGGUAUUACUGUCUGGUGUAAGAAAGCAUAUGAUGGUUUUGGUAUUAUCAUCUGGUGUUUGAAAAGGUAUGAUGGUGUUUGUAUUAGAUCAGCUGUAAGAAAGAGUAUGAUGGUGUUUCUAAUAGGUCAGCUGUAAGAAAGGGUAUAAUGGUGUGUGUAAGAAAGGGUAUGAUGGUGUGUGUAAGAAAGGGUAUGAUGGUGUGUGUAAGAAAGGGUAUGAUACUUAUUUGCUUUGGAUGGCAGUCAACCCUCCUGUGUUCAGCUUUUAUAUUAUUUUCUUACAUUUCUUUUUUCCUCUCUGUUAUAUUUCAUUUAUUUUUUAAUGUAAGCAUAUUGUUGUUAGCCACAGAUUGACACCAACAAAAUCAUGUAGCUUUCAGAUGUGUUGUAACUCAUGUCUGUCAAUGUGUCUCUCAGCCUGGUAGAAACUCAUAUGUCUUUACUAUGCCCACAAACUUAAGUGUCAGGACUCCUAACAUAACAAAGGGCUGGCAGUGCAGUUAGGGGUUGUCAACAAACUAAAGAUUUGGCAGUGGCAUUAAGGGUUGUCAACAAACUAAAGAUUUGGCAGUGGCAUUAAGGGUUGUCAACAAACUAAAUGGGUGGUGAUGGUAGUUAGGGGGCCGGUUGUCCAUUCAGGCUAAAUAAUAUUAAUUGGUCAGUUCAGGAUUGGUCAUGCAAUUAUUUAAUUAAAAUAACUCCUCCAUGACUUGUUUCAAUAUAUUAUGACACUUUUAUCUUUGCUCCCCUUAAUCUAAGAUUGCUCCCCUUAGUCUAAGAUUGCUCCCCUUAAUUUAAGAUUGCUCCCCUUAGUCUAAGAUUGCUCCCCUUAGUCUAAGAUUGCUCCCCUUAGUCUAAGAUAAACAACAGAUAAACUUAGGGCAGUAUUUAAAUAUAGCAAGUGGAUCGCCUUGAAUUAAAUCUUGGAAUAACAAUGCAAUCAUAUCUCAUAAUUCUGAAUGUAGCCAGGAUGCUGAGCCCAGCUCAGACUCAUUAUGUCUGUCAUCAGGUGACCAACAAAUAGCUUGCUGUCCUAAUCUGAUCAAUUAGAUUUGAUGGGUUUUCAUGGGAUUUAUUUUCAAACCAACAUUAACCAAAAUCUAAACACAGACCUGUCACUGUAGUACUAAGUUUGUCUUAGAUAAUGAACUGUUGAUGAUGGCAAGUGACCUGUUAUUUUGUCCAAACUGUUGACAUGUUCAUCUCAUCUUUAACCCAGUUAGUGUACACCCCUGGAACCUAACCCCUUGCUUGCUUGUGUGUCUGACUCCUAAACCACCAUCUCUCAGAGUAAAACUACACCAAAAUCUCUCAGAGUAAACUACACCACCAUCUCUCAGAGUAAACCUAAACCACCAUCUCUCAGAGUAAACUACACCACCAUCUCUCAGAGUAAACCUAAACCACCAUCUCUCAGAGUAAAAAUACACCACCAUCUCUCAGAGUAAACCUAAACCACCAUCUCUCAGAGUAAAACUACACCACCAUCUCUCAGAGUAAACCUAAACCACCAUCUCUCAGAGUAAAACUACACCACCAUCUCUCAGAGUAAACCUAAACCACCAUCUCUCAGUAAACCUAAACCACCAUCUCUCAAAGUAAAACUACACCACCAUAUCUCAGAGUAAACCUAAACCACAUUCUCUCAGAGUAAAUCUAAACCACCAUCUCUGAGUAAAUCUAAACCACCAUCUCUCAGAGUAAACCUAAACCACCAUCUCUCAGAGUAAAACUACACCACCAUAUCUCAGAGUAAACCUAAACCACAUUCUCUCAGAGUAAAUCUAAACCACCAUCUCUCAGUAAACCUAAACCACCAUCUCUCAGUAAACCUAAACCACCAUCUCUCAGAGUAAAACUACACCACCAUAUCUCAGAGUAAACCUAAACCACAUUCUCUGAGUAAACCUAAACCACCAUCUCUCAGUAAACCUAAACCACCAUCUCUCAAAGUAAAACUAAACCACCAUCUCUCAGAGUAAACCUAAGCCACCAUCUCUCAGUAAACCUAAACCACCAUCUCUCAAAGUAAAACUAAACCACCAUCUGCCAGACACUUAAUGGCACCAUGUCCCAGACAACUGUCUUCUUUUCCUCGAUAUUGACUUAUCAGGAGACUUAAAAAUAGUCUUUUAUUUUACAACUAUCUCCCUUUGUGUUUCAGACAGCCAAUGGAUUGCCCUCCCCCGUUAAAAUGAAAAAUCAGAUGUUCAGUACAUUUCCAAAAUGAGUCAUAGAAGUAGUGUUUUGUUUUUACAAUUAUGUCCCUUUGUGUUACAGACAGCCAAUGGAUUGCUCCCCCCUGGUAUAAUGACCAAUCAGACGUUCACUACAUAUCGUAAACCACAAGUCUGUACAAGUCUUAGCAAUAGUUGAUUUCUUUUUUGUUUUUUUAAAUAUUUUUAUCUUCUUCAUGUAAUCACUUGUAACUGACUAGCUUUGAACUCUGACCUUCAAAAAUGUAAGCUGUGGUCUAGCAUGGUGUAGGUGCUCAUUUCUUAUUUAGCCUCAACUCUGGUGCUUAAUCAAUUCUAAAUAUUUGAUUUUUAUUAUUUUUUUACAAAAUUAUAGAUAACUUAUAAAUUUUUUUUUUAUUUUUAGAUAACUAAUUUAAAAAUUUCUAAAAUUAUAGAUAACUAAUAAUUUUUUUUUUCAAAACUAUUUUCAAGUUUCAAUUCAAUGUAUAAAUAUUUUGGCAUUUAUAAUUUUUUAUUCCUUGAUGUUUUCUCCUAACAAAUUUUGUAUAAUUUAAAUAAAGAUGAAAGGUUAGUGGAAAUUUUUUUUACAAUCAGCUAAAGACAAGAAACUCAAAUACUUGUCUGUGACCCAUAAGUGAAACAAAAUGUCAACAUCAGCUAAAGUUAAUUUUUUGUUGUCAUUAAUUAUAAUGAAACCAUCAAUACAUUACUGAAACUGUAUGGCAGGCUGGGAAUCAAGUCAAUAACUAAAUAUAUUCACAGAAUUUUAGUGCACUAGGCAAUAACUAAAUAUAUUCACAGAAUUUUAGUGCACUAGGAAAUAACUAAAUAUAUUCACAGAAUUUUAGUGCACUAGGCAAUAACUAAAUAUAUUCACAGAAUUUUAGUGCACUAGGCAAUAACUAAAUAUAUUCACAGAAUUUUAGUGCACUAGGCAAUAACUAAAUGUAUUCACAGAAUUUUAGUGCACUAGGCAAUAACUAAAUAUAUUCAUAGAAUUUUAACAUAGACUUCAACAGCUAAAAAUAUUCUUACAAUUUUAGCAUAGAAGUGGAUGACUAAAUAUAUUUAUGGUUGCUGUGGAUAGACGGUUCAUCAUUUAUCUUUUCAUCUCUGUUCUUAACAUUUUAGUUAUAAUAGAAAAAAAAAACAUAAAGUUGAGACAGUGAUGAUGUAAAAAAUAAAGUUGAGAAAUAGUUAUUGUUAAGGAAUAUUUGAUGUUAUGGAAAAAGUUCAGAAAUAGAUUAUGCUAGAGACAAGAUUUAGAAAUAAUUUUAACAUAAAGAUAAUGUGAACAUAAAAACAUAAGGUGACCUGUUGAUCUAGAAAAAUAACCUAAAAGCAUUGUACUACAUAUCUGCUAGAGUUGAUUGAACUUUUUGCUAGUGCUGCUCUUACAUAAACUUUCUUCAUUACGAUUUCCAAUGUAUCUCUCUUAGUGCUGUAUCUUGUAACCGCAACCACUGUGCCAUUCUUAAGUUGUCAUCUUCUCUCAGGAAUCUCUAGCCACCACAGCCAGCGUGUGACAUCUGUCCAUGUUGCCGUGUCUUACAAAGGAACUAUGUCAAUGGCAGCAUCACCUUCUUGUCUGUCAUGGCUUAUCCUCCUGUCUCCAUAUGUCUGCCAGUCGCUGGCUGUCAAAAGAUCUAUUUCUUCUGUACUUUGUAUGUCUGCUACAUCACAGAGGAUCUCCAUUCUGUUUGUAUUUAUCUAUAGAAAAAGGGGUUUGGAAAGGGGGCGGGGGGGGGGGAGUAUUUGUUUUGUUCUCCAUCUACUGCAUUUAUAUAGUGUGAGCGUUUGAAUGCCGCUGUUGUACCUGCUACAUCUAACCCAUUGACACUGCGCACCGCUUGUACUGUCCAAUGAUUGGCCUGUACACUGUCAAAGCACUACACAUGCAAUGUUGCCUUAACCAUACAGAAAUUAUUAUGACAUUCCUUCCCAAACAACCACUUAAAAGUUCACAAGAAAAACUACCUCCUGUUGGCCACUUUUAACAUGAGACUUUGCUCAUAUAGUUUGAAUACACUAGACAUACUCUGCUCUAGCAGUUGCUCAUAUAGUUUGAAUACGCUAGACAUACUCUGCUCUAGCAGUUGCUUUUGUUUUUCUUGUGAACUUGUGCCAACUGUCUGCUUUUUAAUGACUUUUUAAGGAAAUUAAGAAAGUUUUGUAACCAGAAGCUCUGUAGUUUUUUUAAAAGCAAUAUUUCAGAAGUUGUGAUGACCACUGGUCAAGGGUGCUCCCUAUUUAGAACAGGACAUGUAUGAUGAAUGCUUUCAUUCAAGAACAUUGAUUCAAUAGAAAUUAAAUAGAAAUGUCAAGUUGGUUGCAAAAUUUGCGUCAAUUGGUUUUUAAAGCUGUUGGAAAAAAGACAUUUUUUACACAAAAAAAAAAAAUGCAAAUGAAAGACUCUUUGGUUGGGAAUAUAUCGGCAUAUAAUCUCUUUGAUUCUAAAAACCCACAGCACCACCAAAUGGGAAAAUAUACCCUCCCCUCCUCUCCUCUCCCCAACAUUACAUUUUUUAAAAAAAUUUAUUUUAAAAAAAAUUAUAGUUCUAUAACAAUUUAUUUUUUUUUCUCUUUCUAAAUAACUGUGUGAAGUUUUUAGUGAUAACUUAUCCCCCUGAAUACAAUUGUUGUGAUAGUUUGAUCACGUAUACCCGAUGUUUGAACUGAUUGAAAUACUUGGCUAUAAAAGAGCACCAAGUUCAAUUGCCCCCUUCUUUUUUUUCCCCCAAAUGAUGUCAUUGCUUAAUAACAAUAAAAAGUGAAGUGAGGCUAGACUUACUGCUACUAAUUAACUGACAGGUUUCAUUGGAAGGACAAUAUGUGCACAAUGACACUAUGUGUGCAAUGCCACUGUGCACACAGUGAAAACAUGGCCUUGAUGUCAAUUAUUUUCAAAUCUUAAAAUUCCAUGACUCAAAUAUUUCAUCAAACCAUGCAUUGGUUUUAGCAUUUACUUGGGCAUAGGUUGAAACAGUUAAAUAAAUGACACAUCCAGGAACACUUGAUCCAUGAUCCAGAUGUUUAGUUCUUCCAAUGAAGCUGAUCUGCUCUCUUGCUAAUGUAAUAUAACACGUUAUUGUAAGCUUGUUUGUCAGACCUAUAUAACCCUAUCACCAUCAUGGUUCAGGGAUGUUACUGUAAGCUUGUUUGUCAGGCUUAUUUAAACCUAUGACAUGUGGUACAGGGAUGUAUCAAGGGAAAUGAUUUUCAAUCUCUAUGGGAAUAAUGUCUUGGUGUUAUGACAGGGUCUGGUCCCAACCAAAAUGUGUUUGAAAACUCCACUGACUCAUAACAUGUAUGGAAUGGUUCCAUUUCUAUCCAGUAGAUUAUGGUACAGUCAGUGAGGUGCUCAGUCUUAACAUUGUAAUUAGGAAACUUGUACAUACUUACAAACAUGUUAUACAAAUAAUCUAUUUAUCUAUCAAGUAUUAUUAUUUUAUUUACUUCAGUAACUACACUUUUUAAAACUUAACAUUUUUUUUUUUUUUUUAAAGUAGGACUUAUUUUUUUAAAUAGUUCUAACGCAUUAAUUUUGUAAAAUAUUUCUAACGGAUGACUUAAAAUGUACAAAUUUUUUAAAUGUUUUAUUAAAAAAAAUGUUAAUUUUUUUAAAGACCUUAACUUAGAAAUAUUUAGUGAUUAAAAAAAGCCAUCCAACAAACAGCUGAUGGAUGUGUAUUGUGUAUUUCCAGCAAAGUGGCUCCCCAACAAGUUCAGGAACAAUAACUCAGCCUGAUAAAGGUAGGCUGUAGAUUGUGGAGUUGUCUUUCAGUUAACUGACACCAACAAAGUGAAUUUAUGAAUGGGUUUUAUUGGGAAACUCGUCUGCUGGUUGUAUCAAGAAUUCUGAACAUGAACACAACGUCUCUAGAAGUCCUCAUAAUGAACAUUGAACUGUUCCUACCAUUUCAGUGUCCUGUGUUAUAUGGGAGGGAAGUGAGUGCAGGAAAGUGGACCUGACAGCCUUGGACAUUGGCUGGGCAAUUAUCGACAAGGUGGACAGCCUGCCUGAGUCAUCGGACUAUUUCCUGAUUGGACUUUUAUUCUCAGUCGUCAUGGGUGUGGUGAGUUUCAUGUAUCCCUCCGUUAAGUUGGCAACAAGAUUUCUUGAGAUUAUUAGCCUUUCAUGUCAUGUACUGGUCUGCAUAGCCAUGGCCUAUAUUCUAUGAUACUUGCAGGUGCCUCUUGUGUUCGAAUCUAUGGUCUAUAUUAUAUGAUACUUGCAGGUUCCUCUUGUGUUUCGAAUCUAUGGUCUAUAUUAUAUGAUACUUGCAGGUGCAUCUUGUGUUUCGAAUCUAUGUUCUAUAUUCUAUGAUACUUGCAGGUGCCUCUUGUGUUUCGAAUCUAUGGUCUAUGUUCUCUGAUACUUGCAGGUGCCCCUAGUGUUUCGAAUCUAUGUCAACAAAGAAAUGGCCCGCUGGGAAGAUUUUAUGACCUUGCCAGGAAUUUGGGCUCAGCUGUCUGAAGUACCUAAUCUUUUGGGCAGCACUUAUUCUUGGAGGUAAACAAUAGCCCUUUUCACCCAUUAUAUGUCUAGGAAACACCAUCAGUAAACAAUAGCCCUUUUCACCCAUUAUAUAUGUCUAGGCAACACCAUCAGUAAACAAUAGCCCUUUUCACCCAUUAUAUAUAUCUAGGCAACACCAUCAGUAAACAAAAGCCCUUUUCACCCAUUAUAUAUGUCUAGGCAACACCAUCAGUGAACAAUAGCCCUUUUCACCCAUUAUAUAUGUCUAGGCAACACGAUCAGUAAACAAUAGCCCUUUUCACCUAUUAUAUAUGUCUAGGCAACACCAUCAGUAAACAAUUAAUCCUUUUUUUUAAUCAACGCCCAAAAAUGUCACAUUAUGGUUGUUUUGUUAUUGAAGCAGCUCUUAUUGUUACCAUUUGUAAUUGAGGGCUGCCAUGUAAGUAAAUGCUGGCCGCUGUCCACCAGGCAGUACAAUGUUUUGUUUCUCCCCAGACAAUACUUGUUGAUGUUCAAUGGCAUCGUGCAGAGGUUCUUCUUGAGCCUCAUCUUCUUCUUCCUCCUGUCAGUGGCUGACAGAACCUUCAAGCAGGUAAUACACACUGUGUUGUUCUAGCAGGUAAUACACACUGUGUUGUUCAAGCAGGUAAUACACACUGUGUUGUUCAAGCAGGUAAUACACACUUGUUGUUCAAGCAGGUAAUAUACACUGUGUUGUUCAAGCAGGUAAUACACACUGUGUUGUUCAAGCAAGUAAUACACUCUGUGUUGUUCAAGCAUGUAAUACACACUGUGUUGUUCAAGCAGGUAAUACACACUGUGUGGUUCAAGCAGGUAAUACACACUGUGUGGUUCAAGCAGGUAAUACACACUGUGUGGUUCAAGCAGGUAAUACACACUGUGUUGUUCAAGCAGGUAAUACACACUGUGUUGUUCAAGCAGGUAAUACACACUGUCUUAUACAGUUACCAUACAUCCCAUUAAUUAUUUGAACACACAGAGCUAAUGCUUAUGCCAUAACCACCCAACUUGUUUAUAAAUAGGUACGCCAUCACUACUAAACAAGGAAUCCACUUCCUUUCCUUCAUAUAGAUUUGUACAAGCCCACAUAAGCACUAAACAAGGACUCCACUUCCCUUCCUUCAUAUAGAUUUGUACAAGCCCACAUAAGCACUAAACAAGGACUCCACUUCCUUUCCUUCAUAUAGAUUUGUACAAGCCCACAUAAGGAUGAUUAUCGAUGAAUAUGUUUUUGAUACAAUUCCAGACAACUCCAGUGUUCUGUUUUAAGAUUAAUUAAUUUCUUCCUCCCCCCCCCCUCCCCCAGCGUUUGCUGUACGCCAAACACUUCAGUUAUCUAACUUCAUCAAGGAGAGCUCGCAAGUUCUCGAUGCCUCACUUCCGGCUGAAUAAAGUCAGGAACAUCAAAAUUUGGCUGUCACUUCGAUCUUACCUAAAGGUAGGCCCACGACAUCAAUGUCACAUUGUGUGUACUGGAAGUUAGGCCCACGACAUCAAUGUCACAUCAUUUGUACUGGAAGAUAGGCCAUUGACAUCAGUGUCACAAAAUUAGUAUUUAAAUAUAGGUCAAUGAGGUCAAUGUCAAAACAUUAGUAUUUGAAUAUAGGCCAUUGACAUCAAUGUCACAACAUUAGUAUUUGAAUAUAGGUCAAUGAUGUCAAUGUCAUAACCUUAGUAUUUGAAGAUAGGUCCAUUAUGUCAAUGUCACAACAUAAAAUUGCUUAUAGAUAGGUCUAUGACAUCCAUGUUAGAUCAUAGCAUUGCAUAUAAAAAGGUCCAUGACAUCAUUGUAACAUCAUACCAUUGCUUAUAUAUAUAUAUAUAUAUAUAUAUAUAAAUGACAUUAAAGUCACAAAAAUUGCUUAUAGGUAAAUGACAUCGAUCUCACAUAAUAACAUUGCUUAUAGAUAGGUGACUGACAUCAAGGUUCCCAGUAGACUUUGUGUUUUAAAAUGAUUUAUUUCUUGGGGGGAGGGGUGGUUGCUUACACUGUCACACAAGGGUAGGGCAUUUUCUUGACCACCUGGGAGCAGGCAUUUUUUAAUUAGACCAUAGUCAUGGGAUAAUAUUUUUUUUUUAAUUAUAAAGGAUUUUCUUGUCUAUCAUCUGACACAUUUAUUCAUUGUUUUAUUUCAUAUUUUUUUGUGUACCGUACAUGAAUGGUUGAAACACUUUUUUUUUCUCUUUUUUUUCUUUUUUUUUCUUUUUGUACAUAUUAUGUGUUAAUGGUUGGCUCAAAGCAGUUAAAAUUCAGUCUGAUUGGAUGUAUCGAAACUGUUAAAAUUCAAUCAUAUUGGAUGGAACAAAGCAGUUAAAAUUCAGCCUUAAUGGAUGGAUCAAAGCAGUUAACCCUUUACGGGGCAGAGCGGCCGAAAACGUCUUUACCACUUAAAGGGCAAAACGCCCACAAGCGUCCGUGACGACUUAGUGUUGUUUUCUCGUGACCUCCGAGGCUUUCCGAGACUCCUAUUGUUUACUUCCGUUUUUUUAUGAUAGCUAAAUAGAGUCGGCGCUAGUUACAAGUAUUUAAUCAAUUUUUUUUUUAGUUUUAGUGGGUUUACAAAAUUUUUUUUUCGAAAUGGAUUUUGCCGAUUAUUCAAGUGAUAGCGGAGAUUUCGCUGGAUUCAAUUAAAGUGACAUUUAAGUGCACGAAUUGACUGUAAAUUGGAACUAGAUGUUUAUAUUAUUAGUAAUAGUAGUGAAAUCAGCUUAGUAAGCAGUGUUGAAUUUUACAAACUUGGAUUUUGUGGCAGUGUUUGUAAAUAGUAAAUAGAUGACUCACAAUCACAAACAAUAUGUUUUUGCAAAUAUUUGUGCCCAUACGAGGAUUAAUGGCAAAAUGUGAGUACACUCAUCAACCUGCAUUCAUUUUCCUUGAUUUUGAUUUUGAUUUCACACAAAUUUGUUGACUGAAACCUUAGAUUUGAUUUUUUGUGUAACGUAACCCGUAAAUUUUAUUAAAAAACAGAAAAGUGGUGCCCGUUCAGGACAUGCAAGAGGAAGUACCUCUGCCCUGUAAAGGGUUAAAUGUCAGUUUUAUUGGAUGUAUCGAAACUGAUAAAAUUCAAUCAUAUUGGAUGGAACAAAGCAGUUUAAAUUCAGUAUUGAUGGAUGGAUCAAAGCAGUUAAGUCAGUCUAUUUCAGUUAUCAAAAUCAAGUACAGGAAAUACAUUAUCAAGUUUUCUCUCUGUUUUGUAUUUAAUCGAUUUUUGUUGUUGUUUCUUUCAGCGACGAGGUCCCCAACGGUCAGUUGAUGUCAUUGUUUCAGCCUGUUUCCUGUGUGCCAUUUGUACAGUGUGUCUCAUUUCUCUACAGGUCAGUGUAACUUUGUACUGUGUCCCAUUUCUUGUACAGGUAACCUGAUUUCUUGAUAGGUGAGUUGAAAUAAUAUGUGUACUGGUGAGUUUGACUGAAACUGAGGUUUCCAAAUGUUUACACAACUCUGAUGUCAUGGACAUUUAGUUGACAUGUAGGUUACAAUGACACAACUCUUUGAACUUGUUUGUUGAACUUGUUUGUUGAACUUGUUUGUUGAACUUGUUUGUUGAACCUGUUUGUUGAACCUGUUUUUUGUUGAACUUGUUUGUUAAACCUAUUUGUUAAACCUGUUUGUUCGUUGAACCUGUUUGUUGAACUUGUUUGUUGAACCUGUUUGUCAAACUUGUUUGUUUGUUGAGUCUGUUUGUUGAAAUUUCUUGUUGAACUUGUUUGUUGAACCUGUUGACAGAUGUUGAAGGAUACAGAGAGCUAUCUGGAUUAUCUGUGCAACUGGGAGCUGAUGGUCUGGUGUAUUUCUCUUGGAGUUUUCCUCAUGCGCUUCAUGACGGUUGGUCUGAAGAUCAACAAGAAGUACAGGAACCUGUCGGUGCUGAUCACUGAACAGAUCAACCUGUACCUGCAGAUGGAACAGAAACCUCACAAGAAGGAAGAGUUGAUACUUGCCAACAAUGUGCUCCGAUUGGCUGAGGAUCUCUUGAAGGUAGCUCUCAGUUCUUGACCCUUUUUAAACCAAAGUUAUACAUUUCUUAUAAAUGUGGAUCAUAUCUGGCAUGACCCAUGCUCUAACUGGCUGCUAAAAUUUGGUCACGACCCCUGCUCUUACUGGCUGGGCCAAUGGGGUCAUGAUCCCUGCUCUAACUGGCUGGACCAAUGGGGGCAUGACCCCUGCUCUAACUGGCUGGACCAAUGGGUCAUAGCCUCUGCUCUAACUGAACUAAUGGGAUCAUGACCUCACCUGACUUGAUAAAUAUUAUAUUUAUUGAGUCCCUCCUAUAGCUUUGUAGGCCAUGGUAUGCCAUAUUUAUGUAUAGUUGAGUUAAUAAAAUUCAAUAUCCAUGUCCAUAAUUUAGUCCAUAAAAUGUUCACUUGUGUACAUGUUCACUUGUGUCCGUGUCAACCCACAGGAACUGGAAAGUCCUUUCAAGAUUUCUGGCUUCUCUGCCAACCCACUCAUCUACAACAUCAUGCGAGUGGUUGUGUUGUCAGCAUUCUCGGCAGUGCUGACAGAAGUCCUGGGAUUCAAGCUCAAACUACACAAGAUUAAGCUUAAAGGGUGACCCGGCUUCAGUCCAGAUGAUUUGAUGAAAAGUCCACCUACUGGACGUGGCCGGUGUGUCAGCCAUGUAGCCACCAUGCCACUGGAGGUGGAUUGCUUGGUACCAAACAACCAAAGAUCUGCACAUGCUUUGGGAGUGGAGUCCUUGCUGUCCAGUUGCCUUAGAAAGUGUCUGUGGAGACUUGAUCUAGUUGAUAAUCAUUUGUCGGUUGUCCCAGUUAGUCUAGAGCCCUUAACAUAUUGGCGCUCAUUGCGGACCUUAGCCACCCCGACCUAGUAGAGGGAGACAUGCGUUUUUCUCCCAGAGUUCCCCCUCAUGUUAAGCAUUGCUCCUUCCUGCCGUCUAGGUGAUGCCCCAUUGCUCAGAUUAGCUGUGGCCUUUGUCCAGGGGAAGCUUUAAUCUCCAAUCCAAAGCCAUUAGAUGGAAUAUAGUUUUGUCCCAUCCAUGAUCUGGAACAAGGUCAUUUUUUUUAAAUACCUGGUUUUAUCUCAAUGCCUCACAUGUUUUUUUAAAUCAUUUUUUAAUUGUUUGAAAACUGCCAUCCCAUUGUUUUCAAUUUCUUAUGGAGUUCAACAAUUUUUUAAGCAUUCAUUUUUUAAAUCUCUUUUAAUCAUAUCUUAAAUAAUUCAGGACUGAUAUAAAAAAUAUUUUACAUUUCUUAAGGUACAUUUUAUUGUUCACUUGAUAUCUCUACGUUUAUUUAACUUUUUUAAUUUGUUGCUGCUACGUGAUUGGAGCAAGCUUUAACAAUCAUCUAAAUAAGUUCAUCAGACAGAUGAAAUAUGAUUCUUUGAGUUUCGGAAAUAUAAAGUUAUUUGGAUUAAUAGACAUUUAAAAAAAAUAAUAAUAAACUCAUUAGUAAACGUUCUUUCCUUAACGCCUACUAAAUUCACGAGUGCUUGAUUUUUCACUCAAUCCACUACUAGAACUUGCACUGCUACUAGUCUCAGAUUUUAUUAUCUUUAUCACUAGCGGGUAGCAUGAGUAUUGACAACAAAACUUUCAUCAAGAAAUAAUUCCAAUAAAUUGGGCUUUUUUUUUGUAGGGCCAGCAUCUGAGUUCUACAAGUGCUCUUGUUGUGCUGGGCCAGCAUCUGAGUUCUACAAGUGCUCUUGUUGUGCUGGGCCAGCAUCUGAGUUCUACAA